UUUUUUGAGGCCUCGCUCACGUGGCUUAAGCUUCUCCUAUGCGGUUGGGUGGCAGGCGGCGCGUGCGGUGCGUGAGGAGCAUUUCUGACAGGGAGGCGGGGCCAGGAGACGCGCUGGUCCCGCCUCGUCCUCGGGGCUUCAGUUGGCCGUUAUGAGGCAACCUUCCCCGGUUUGUUCAUUAGGAGUUCGUAAGCUUCUCAAUACAUUUUACGUGCCUGACAAUAAAAACAAGUGCUCUGUGUGUAUACUCACAUACAUAUAAAGGUAAAGGGACCCCUGACCAUUAGGUCCAUAUACAUAUACAUACAUAUACAUAUACAUAUAUAUAUAAUAUACGGGCGUUAAGCCGUUUUCCUUCACAGGCGACCACGGCUUGAAAGAGCCUGCCUCAAACGCCCAUUCGGCCACGAAGCGCGUCAGGCUGAGGUUGCCCACACGCACCAAACACCACCGCCAAGAAUGUCAGAAGCUAUAGUUCACCCCCUUCCAGAGCUACAGUUCCCAACAUUUUAACACACCACAGUUCCCACGUUUCUGGGUCAGGGGGGCGAGUCUUGGACUUUAUAUGCACAUGGGCGCAGGCCGCUAGUCUCCGUCCUAGCGCGUACGGUUGCUGUGAGUAUAACCCGACCGCUUUGUAGAAAUACUGUAGCAGGUUACAUGUGUAGGUAGCUAGCUCUGCCUCUGAAGCUCUCCUCCUGGUAAAAAACAACCGCUGAAUAUAAACAAGUGUAUAGCAAAUAAGAAGACACAUAUGUGCAGUCCUUGGGUUUCUGGGAGGUUUUAAAAUGGAGGAGCUCUGGGUUUUUUCCUGUUUGUCUAGGCCCCUUUUUUGGUAAGCUACGAAGGUCUCUCACCUUUUUGCUAUUAAUAAGAUCGGGUUCAGAUGAUUUGACUUUCCCUGUACGUUUAUGAAUCCUCGUGGUUUAUUGCUGUCUGUGCUUUUUCAGUACUUCUGAGCUCUUUUCACACACGUACCAUGUAUACAUUUUCAUACAUUACCAUGUAUGUUGUGUUACCUGUAACAAGGGGAUAACAAUCUGAUGGUAAACAUUUUAUGUCAUAUUUGCUAGUCUUUAAGGGGCCACAGGACUCUUGCUCUUGCGGCAAAAGACUAAACACAUCUCUCCCUGUUUAGAAAUUAUUAGAAAUAAUAUCAAAUCAAUGUCAGAAUGAAACCCCCUGUCAUUUUUGCUGUUUUGUGAAAAGGUGCAGCCUUAUUCCAAGGACUCUUGGAGGCUUGCGGUGGAGCAAAGACAUGGUAGCGGAAGGAAGAACAAUAUUCCGAGCAAAUAUUGAAUAAGCCACAAUGAGGGAGAAGAGGUAAGACUUAGAAUUACAGUUAGAGGAGAAAGGGCUAGUUUCUUCCCCUAUAUGUAUCCCAAACUAUAUGGAUGAACCAUCACAGGUAAUAUACUGGAUCAUAUUUUUAAAAGCAGCAAUCCACUACUUAAGGAAAUGAGUAAGUCCCUCCUUCCAAAUAACGAGCAUAAUAACUCCAUGGCAUGAAUUAAACACAUUUAAUAAUCUGCAUAUUUGUCUGUCGAUACAUCUCUCGUGUUUAUAAAAAUAUAUAUAUUUGCUGGCACAGAUGCAGCAUUACUUCUUGAAAAUUCUGUUUUAACUAUGUAAAUACAAUACAAGUAGAGAAAAUAUAUAUAUGCUAGCGAAUGUCACAUUGCACAAUAUAUGUAAAGUCUCUCAUAAAUUAUGGCAGUUCGUUCAUAAUCAGGCUGGUAGUGCCACCUUUGCGCCUCAUCUUCAGUAAUCGAAAGCAAGCUGCCUUCAUAUCAAAAGUCCAAAAAUAGAAGCUUUGGAAAAAAUAAUAAUCUAAAGUUACUUCUUUUUAAUUUCAAGAUCUACAGAAUUCUUGUUUUACAGUAUAAUGCUACAGGUAGAAAGAAAUUGGUUGAUUGCUUUUAGCUGUCCUUACUUUGGCCACAGAACCCUGGAAAUGUUCUUCCAAGGGUGCAGACAUUCUGUGGGAGCCUUCACAGCAAUACAGAACUACAAUUUCCAAUGUUCUGGGGAGGGAAGCUAUGUCACUGAAACCAAUUUAAGCUUGUAAUGUAAGCAUACCUUUGUACUGAACUCUGGAGAAAAUAUUUUUCCCCCAUCUGUUGGGGGGGGGGAAUAUUAGUUUAGACUAAGAGCCAAACUAGAUGCAAUGUAAGAGAGAUGAUAAUAAGAUAUUCCAUCUUUUUUCCUAAUUAAAAGCAGUAAAUCCCACCCUCGCCCCAGUUUGGACAGUGGCCAUGGUGCUAGGAGAAGGGUUUUACUUUUUAAUCCUUCUCCACACAUCAUUUUCCUAAUUUAAAUCACUCAAAGCGUUGAUUUGUCUCAUGUGGAAAAGCAUACAAGUAUCAAAGGAGAUCUUCCAUGUCACAUUCAGUUUGGCUCAUAGACAGAGUGGAAAUAUAGGCCAGUUAGUCUUACGUAUGGGAGAAACUUGAAAUGCUAGAAUAACAACCGGAAGGGGAUUCUCAGCAACAAUUUAUAUUCUGCCUUAUGAGUUUCAUCGUAUGUGUAGACUGUAUGAAUGCGGUUGUCAGGAAUAAGGAAAAGGUUUACAGAAACCAUUAUGCAUUGUGUAAAAAAGUAAUUAAUUAAUUAACACUGUACAGUCUAAUAAUUGCUUCAUAAUUCAGUUUCAUGUAGGGAAAAGGUAGAACACAUCUAUUUUGUUAUGUCAUGUAUAAUAAAUGCACGUUUCAAUCUCACUGCAUUUGUGGCAAAAUAAACACAUAUGGACUGGAUCUAGAGUUGCCUAGAGCAGAACUAACAGGCCAAAGGGGGAGGUGAUUUUUUUUGCCAGUUCUCCUUUUCCUCUGCAGCCCAAAUCGCUACCUGUAUGUCAGAAGGUCCCACAAUUUUUCAGUGUUACCAUUAUAUCCCACCUUUCCUCAAAGGUGCUCAUGUUUCUUCUAGGUCAGAAACAGUGACUGGUUCAAGGGCAACCAGCUAGGUUCAUGGCUAAGUGGAUAUUUGAUCCCUGGUUUUCCUAGGUCCUAGUCCAGCGCUCUAGCCACUACACCACAGAGGCCACAGGAGGCUGCUGUGGGAAGGGGAUAUUGGUGAAAUCUGCUUCCAUUUAUUUCUGCCAAUGGGCAUUUCCUGUGAAUGAGUUGUACUCACUGGAAGUUAGUAACCGCACAAUUGUAUUUUUUUCUUCUUCGCUUUGUUGUUUCUUGGUGUUCUUUAGUAUAAUCUAGGGAGAAGCUUUGCCACGUGAAAAAUUAAAACAGACCAAACCAUUCUGCACCAGCAUCUUGGCAUUGUAUAGACUCCAAACUAAUGCAUGUUUUUCACACCCCCAGAAUCCUUAGGGCAAGUUAGUCAGCUUACCAAAUUUAGCCUUUCUUUAGCAAACAUGAACUUCAUUUUCAUGCACAGAAUAUAUACCAAAUAUGAAUAUGGCAAUAUUUACCCAUUGUCGUGACAUUACUUUUAGUUCAGUAUUCUCCUUUUCAGUGCCAGGAAUCUCAGUCUGUAGCCUAAGUGGAUACAGACAUAACAUACUAGAUCUGAUCCAGUAGAUUACUGUGAGGAGGACUAGCUACCAUGGAACACAAGCCACAUGAGUUAUAGUUUAAAAUGCAGUCAAACAUCCUGCUGAUCGUUUUCUACUCAUGCAGUUAUUUAUGUUGAAGAACAUCUUUUUUUGGUUUGCCUCAUUAUGUCACGCUGCUCGGUGGUUGCGAAGAAAUGUUUCUUUUGAAGGAGUGACUUCCACAGGCUUCCAAACUAUCACUCCCCUCCCUUAUGAUGAUCUCUUGCUUUGCCUUAAAUGUUAAUGGUAUAAAACCUUCACCAUCUGCAGUAAGAACAAUCCAAGAAGAACCUAGAGGAAAAGGAAAGCAAAGCAUCAGUGUGUAUAUAUGUAUAAUCGUUAUUAUGUUGGGAAUGCAGUUGCCUACGUAAAUGUUAGCAUUCACCCUAAAUUCAUGCUUUGUUCAUGUCUUUUUCAUAGGUUCUUCUUCCUACAGUGUUGCAAAGCUUAAUGGGUUACCAUGCUGAUGUAGGUUUUGAACCAAGGGUUACCAUGCUGAUGUAGGUUUUGAACCAAGAUGGACAAACCAUUUAUCAGUAAUUUUCUUUCCUUUUUGGUAUUUUCAUUUGGCUCCACUAGCUGUGGCAUGGUAAUGGGGAAGGGGCCAGGAGAAGGAACAACCAAACCUCAUAACUGGAAAAUGUGUACACCAAGGGCCUGGGGAAAACUGACAAUGAAGCACCAGUUUAUUAUGUUUUUUAUUUACCAUGAUUUCAACUCACAUAUCAAGACUUUUCUAGGAUUAACUAAAAAUUUUAACAUUCAAGGAUGAUUUCCUAGUAAAAAUAUUGAACAUGUAUAGUUUACCCUCUUUGUUCCACUAGCUUUGCAUGGAGAAUUGGUGUGUGCGUGCGGGGUAGAUUGAACUCAUAAGUCUAUUCAAAGGCUCCUUGUACACUUUCUCAAGUUAAACUCUCAGAAACCUCUUUGGCAUGUAUAAUUUUUUCUCAUGCAGGAACAUACAAGUGAAGUCAAGUUGUGUUUAGAGAAACUUCUGCAUGUGAAAUCAUGAUUAUGUACAGGUAAUUCAAGAACAAACUUUGGCUGCCACCUGUGGUUUGUUUGGAGAUAAACAAACAAUGAGUUCUGCUUUGCAUGUAAUGCUAGGGCAUUGCUGUUAUUUUUGUACUCCUGGCUUUGCAAAGGGAGCACCUGAGUGGGCAAAAAUUGAAGUGUUUGCACCAGCACAUUGUCACGGUAAUAAGGGCUCGUCUACACUUUACUUGUCCCACUCCUAAAAAGCAAGGGCCAGAGAAGUUUUCUGCUUGUCCUGUGCUUUCUGUGCACGGCUUUCCAUUUGCCUCACUGCUUUCCCUGAGAAAACCUGCCCUUUACCACUGAAUCGGAGCAAAUGUCAAUCCAUGGAAAACCCUAUUGACGUUUGCUCUGAUUCAGGUGUAGAGAGUGGGUUUCCCAGAGGAAAGUGGCAGGACAAGCAGAAGUGUGGGCGAGCCCUAAGACAUUGUUUGUGUCAGACCAUGGCUUACCAUAACAUGCAAACCAAGCCAAUUGAUCUGCUGUAUUCAUGGGUCAAUUCUAUCCAAUUCACAGUUCAAGUUAAUUUCUGAAUUUAAAACAAAGGAGCUAAGACAUUUGUGUUUUAGAACUUCAUUAGCUUUAAUUUCUACCAAGAGCAGGUGUGUGUGUGUUUUUAAUGUGCAUGCCUAUAAACAGAACAGCUACCUUUUAUAGAUGAUGGUAUCUUGUACCCAAUAAGGUUUGGUGGGAAAUAAUAAACUGUGCACUCCAAUUUGACCAAUUAAAGCAAAACAAAUGUGUUGUUUCCUUAUAAUACUGUAUCUGAAAGUACAGAAAGUUCUUUUCAUUAAAUCUAUUAAUUAAACACCUACACAUGUUGCUUUGCUGUUUCGUGUUGUCUGUCGCGUCAUAAGAAGAUUACCGUUACCAAGCAUGAACUUUUAAUCUUUUGCAGUUAAUGCUUUCUUUCUAAUUCUGGACAGACUUUUGAUUCUAUAAACUACCCUGUGCUUGGGUGUUUGUGUGUGUCAUGUAAACCUACGCAAUUACAUCGCUAACCUUAUAUGUAAAACAUGGGGGGGGGGGUUACUUCCAAAAUAGUUUAUUUAACACUCUGCAUUGGGUACAGAUAAAUGUUAUUAUGCCUGCAAUGCAAUCAACUUACUUGAGAGUAAACCGUGUUUUUCUAAACUUACUAGAGAAAAACAAAGGCUGCAAACCUAUAUACCUUUUCCUGGGAGUAAGUCCUAUUGAACUGAGUACAGCUGGCUUCUGAGUUGGUAUGUACAGAAUUCUUUUAGCAGGGAGAAAACAUUUAACAAAUCUAGAUUAUAAAUUGAAGUAUACAGUAUCUGGAUAGGUGAGGAUAUGACUGAAGGGUUAAAAAGCUUUAGUAAUUUCUAAACAUGGUUGGCCUAAUAAGAAUAUAAUAUCAAUAAUUAUUUUUUAUUUCAGAGUAUAACUGAAGAGUUAGAUUUAAUAGUUGUCCGAGUUGGACAACUGUGGCUUUUACCAGCUUUUGCCCAGUUUGGGGUAAUUCCACUCCUCCAGCAACCCUGCCACUCUCAACAUUGUUAAGAACAACCCUUCUCCUUCAGAGAGUCUUGUUAUGGGGUACAGAAGGUAGCAUGGAGGAGUAUGGAAUGGAAAACCUAAAGAAAGUUGAAUGAAAGUUAAUCUUAAUAUCUAAGCCAGGCAUAGGCAAACUCGGCCCUCCAGAUGUUUUGGGACUACAACUCCCAUCAUCCCUGACCACUGGUCCUGUUAGCUAGGGAUGGUGGGAGUUGUAGUCCUAAAACAUCUGGAGGGCUGAGUUUGCCUAUGCCUGAUCUAAGCCAUAGUAUAUGAAAGUAUGGGUGAUUAAGUGCUCACAUAACUCUUUAAAAAGGAGGAAAGAACAGUUUUCCUUAAUGAAUUAAAAUUCUACAUUCAAAACGAUGUGUUCAACUUCACAUUGUGUUUUGUAUGGGACUGGGGCAGUGUUUCCUAAAGAUAUACAUUUUUUCUUAAUUAAAGUUGGACUCUCACUUGCCUUCAAAAAGCAAAGCUAUGAAAACACUCAAAAGUUACCUAAUCUUAAAAGUGUCUGCCCCUAUGUUUCCCUUCAAGUUAUUAUUAUUAUUAUUAUUAAUUAGAUUUCUAUACUGCCCAUUGAGGAUUGCAGGGUGGUUUGUGAUAUAAAAACACGAAAAUACAUAACAUAGUAACAAACAAAACAAAAAACCCACACACAGUUUAAAAGGCCACAUAGAUUGUAUAAUUAGCCAAACGCCUGAGAGAAUGUUUUUGUCCAAUGCUUAUUACUAUUGUGAGCAUGAUGCUUCGUGACUUCAUUGGAGGUAAGCCAAGAGCAGCUACUCAUUCCAAGACAGAAAGGGCAGGCUCCUCUGAGAGUGGGUAAUUUUACUGUAUCUCUUGAGUAUACUAAAUAAAUAAAGGAUGUAGCAAAAACUAGUGAUGUGAACCCCUUCAUAUAUGCCCUACCAUUUAGUUACACUUUCUCCUCUUUCUGUCUUUUCUCUCUUGGGGGUUAUCCAUUGGCAUAGCCAGGAUUUAUUUUAGGGGGGUGCAGGACUGAGUUAUUUGCGACACAGUUGGUCAGUCAAGUAUUCUUAUUUAUUUACUUGAUUGGGGAGCAGCUGUCCCCUCCCCCCCGCUGUGCUCAUGGGUUUUCCACACCUCCAUUUGCCCCACCUCUUUCGCGAUCUUUAGUGCUGAUUUGGAACAAACAGCUAUAAAUUUAUCUGUGGAUUGCCAUUUGUUCCAAUUUAAUGCUAAACAGUGGGUUUUCUGGGGGAAAGUGGUGGUGCAAAGGCAAAACUGCUUGGACCCGUGCUAGAAAGCAUGGGGCAAGUAGAAAACCGCUCAGACCCAUUCUAGGUACGGAACAAGCAAAAGUGUGGACAAUCCCUGUGUCCUCAAUAUAUUGUGUAUAUAUUUGCAGUAUAUGGUAAAGCUACUUGCAGAAAACAUUAUAGGCUGAAAAUGGUUGAGCUGUGGCUGAAGUUGUUAAAUCAUUGAAUACAUAGAGGCAUGAACAAAGAAGCUGUGUAUAAAGAUCUUUUCUUUCCUGACUGCUCCCUACCUUCACAAGUAAAUCAAAGGUGGGAGUUUGGAAGAUUAUGUUGGUGAGCUCCUUCUGUUCUCAGCGUAGAUUAAACUAAUCCAGAGCAUAACAAUUUGAUACACCUGUUAAGUAUCACUGAGUUUAUGGUGUCUGUAUCUGAUAGAGAAAGGCAUUCAAUUGUCAGCAAACCUGUUAGGAAAUCUUUCCUAUGAGUUUUGUUUUUCGACUUACUUAAUCCAGUAAGCAAAGGCAGCAACCAGCCUGCUUUGGUUAUGGGAUUGCUGAACAAUCAUGCUAAAUAUUAAACUUCCCCAUUUAUGCUACAUGACAUUAGACCCAGGUGAGAAUUAGUAGCUUGAUUGGGUGCUCUGCUGCAAGAAGGGAAGCCUACUAAUAUGUAGCAUAUUUCUGGACAUAGUCAACUAAUAUAUGACUAAGGACAGACAUUGAGACAAAACAAGAAGGUCCCUAUCAAUGGUAGAAACAACAUUCUGCUGAAAAAACAUGAGGAUUAAACUGACCAUCUAUUGUAUAUAUAGGUCAUGAUACCUGUGAACCAACUGAGUAGGGCUUGAUCAGUGUCAGGCAAGUGUUGAGACGCACUCAGGAGAAUAAGCUUGCCAGGAAAGGGAAUAGAACUCAGUUAAACUUCCAUCACAUUGGAGGAUGUACAUGUAAACAAUCCCUUAAUAGCACAACUUAUGUUCCCUAAAAGUACUACCUACUAUAAUAAACACUUGCAUUUUUUAAAAGAGAGAGAGAGAGUGGCUGGGGCAACCCAGUCGGGUGGGGUAUAAAUAAUAAAAUUAUUAUUAUUAUAGUAAGAGAGAACUUACCAUGUUUCAUUUCAACAAUAGGCAGAUCAAAAAGUCGUUGGACUAAAUUCAGAUGAACCUUGCCAUCACACAGGAGAACAGUUCUUGUUUCUUCAGCUAUAGCUCCGUUUGAAAAAUGCUUCUUCAGGCACAUAAACAUAUAGGGAUAAACAUCUUGUUAGAAUAUUGGUCACAUUUACAUUAAUUAUUGUUAAUUAGCCCUAUGAAUCAGCAAUUUUCAUGAAUUCUGCUUUCUAUAUUUUCACAUGCCCAAAAGUAAGGGGUGGGGACAGCACAAAAACAACUUGUUUAUAAGAGACUUCUUUUUUUUUUUUUUAAGAAAGGUUCAGGAUUUCCCAAAGUAUGGGGCUACAACCCUGCUAGGAUCACUCAGAUGUUGUUGUGAGUCUCUGAAUGCUGCUGGCUCAGUCAUCUCAGGCUAGAGAUGGUGACUUCAAGAGCAUGUGUGUAAAUGUAGUGAUGUUCUGGACCAGUAGCGUGGAGGGUUUAAGACCCAUUGGCUACCCUCACCUGGUUUAGCCAGACAAAGUAAUUUCUGCGGUGUUGCCACUGUUGCAUACUGACAGCUUCCAGGAGCCACAGGUGAGAGCUGAGUGCAGGGUGGAUAAACUACUCCAGAAGUAGCAUGACCUAUUCCCCACCAGAAGUACUUCCCCUUCCCUAACACCCCACACAUUCCUGCUUGGAAAUAAAGAGACUGGUUUUGUUAUUAAAUCACCACAGCCAAUCACAAGCAAACAAUCACACCCUAGGCCAACCCCAACCUCUCUCACCACCAAAGGAACACAAGUGAACAACACAAGCAACGCUGACACCAAACUCUACAUACAUUAAACAUAAUAGAAACACCGCCACCCGACCCCACCCCCAUCCAUCUUCCCUCUCUCCACCCCCUUUCUUUUUCCUUUCUUUUUCUUCUCCCCUAAUGCCUCAACAAAUGAAACGGAUUUGUAAAAAUGUUACAUGGAAAAAAAAAUACGAGGCACUACACUUCUGUAAAACAAGAAAAUCCUUAAUAAAAUAUUUUUUUAAAAAAAAAAAUCUCCCCCCCCUUUCUUUACUCAUUUUGGCUUCAGCAUUAAAUACACAAGGUAGUCCCCAGUCAACAUGCUAUGAUUCUCAGUAAAAGUGCUGAGGAUCACACUGUUUGGAGUUCACUCCAUUACUUCCUAACCAAUCCAGGGCUCAUCCUAUUCCCUCACCACUAAGUAAUUGGUAUUUGUUUGCAACACUUCUCAAUUUAGCACCAUCCGUAAGUCACAUCAACAUCCUAUUUAGUCCUCCACAUAUUAAACAAGAAAUAAAAUGCAGUGUCACAGGCAUUUUAACGGGAAAAUAAUCAGGACCAUCAAAGUAAUAUAGAUCUCAUUCUGCUGUGGUUCUGCAGUGUUUCCAUUCUGAUACUGAAAACUUAUACCAACAUUCUCUUUCAGCAGACUCACAGCUGCAUCUUCUGUUUCUGUUUUUAGUAAUCUGUUCCUCAUCUUAAUUAACCUUCAGUACAAAUAAAUGUCUCCUAAUCUCCUUUAGUGCACAGAUGCUGGUUUCUACUCAGGUUCACUUGCUCUGUCAGCGUCUUAGGUAGUUUUGCUGCAUCAAUGUGCACCUACGCACCAUGCAAAAUCCUAUAAGCACCCUCCUCUUAUGUGCAUUUUCUUUCAGUUAAAGGCCAUUUUUAUAUUUGUGUUUUCUGAUGUACAGUAUACCGCAUCACAGUGGUCUAGUUCUCACAAACAGCAGGAAAAUGUGGUAAAUCUGUGUCUGGUUUAUACUAUUUCAUAAGCAGGUAGGGUCUCGCAUGGUUGAAUGCUCCUUUGUACAAUAAAUAUUGUGUACAUAGGGAAGGAACCUGAGAUCAAAAGCCUAUCCUUCAUUGCAUGCUAGUUUUUCAUGUGGGAAUAUGCCAUUAUGUUGUUACCCUUACCAACAGCUUCACCACCUCAUCAGAAGCUGGCUUUAUGCGUCUGCAAACAGAAUCCAAAUCUUUUCUAGUAGUCCAGACUGAAACCUUAACCACAUACUAUACAUUCUGAAUAGAAAUAUUGUAAAGGAAAGGGGAGGUAGGCACCAUGAAUGGUUGAAGAUUUUACUUUCUGUGAGAGGAUGGGACAGGUAAUAACCAUUACCUUGGCACAGAUUCUCAUUUUUUCUUAUGUGACGGACUGUGCAUUUAUAGAGGAGGAAAAACCCAUUAAGCUUGGGCUUUCUUAACACGCAAAAAUGUUGUAUAAGUUAUCAAAAGCAACUGAUUGAAAGAGGUUGGUUGUAUUUGAAAUGGGGUGCCUGAAUUUUGAUUUUCCUCUUCUCAUAGAAUCAUAGAAUCAUAGAGUUGGAAGAGACCACAAGGGCCAUCGAGUCCAACCCCCUGCCAAGCAGGAAACACCAUCAGAGCACUCCUGACAUAUGGUUGUCAAGCCUCUGCUUAAAGACCUCCAAAGAGGAGACUCCACCACACUCCUUGGCAGCAAAUUCCACUGUCGAACAGCUCUUACUGUCAGGAAGUUCUUCCUAAUGUUUAGGUGGAAUCUUCUUUCUUGUAGUUUGGAUCCAUUGCUCCGUGUCUGCUUCUCUGGAGCAGCAGAAAACAACCUUUCUCCCUCCUCUAUGUGACAUCCUUUUAUAUAUUUGAACAUGGCUAUCAUAUCACCCCUUAACCUCCUCUUCUCCAGGCUAAACAUGCACAGCUCCCUUAGCCGUUCCUCAUAAGGCAUCGUUUCCAGGCCUUUGACCAUUUUGGUUGCCCUCCUCUGGACACGUUCCAGUUUGUCAGUGUCCUUCUUGAACUGUGGUGCCCAGAACUGGACACAGUACUCCAGGUGAGGUCUGACCAGAGCAGAAUACAGUGGCACUAUUACUUCCCUUGAUCUAGAUGCUAUACUCCUAUUGAUGCAGCCCAGAAUUGCAUUGGCUUUUUAGCUGCCGCGUCACACUGUUGGCUCAUGUCCAGUUUGUGGUCAACCAAGACUCCUAGAUCCUUUUCACAUGUACUGCUCUCAAGCCAGGUGUCACCCAUCUUGUAUUUGUGCCUCUCAUUUUUUUUGCCCAAGUGCAAUACUUUACAUUUCUGCCUGUUAAAAUUCAUCUUGUUUGCUUUUGCCCAGUUCUCUAAUCUGUCAAGGUCGUUUUGAAGUGUGAUCCUGUCCUCUGGGGUGUUAGCCACCCCUCCCAGUUUGGUGUCAUCUGCAAAUUCUGUUCCCUGUCCCUUUCCCCUGGGGUUCCCACGUUUCAAAAAGUAAAAACCAGGACACCCUGAAAGUUGUUGAGUGGUUGUUUUUUUAGGAAAACCCCAAAAUUGUUGAGUUUUUUGUUUUUUUUUUAGGAAAACCCGCAUGAUUUUUCAAUUGAUUGGCCUAAGAUCCAAGACAAAGCUCCGCCUUUCGGAAAUUCCCCUGGAUGUCAAUGCCGCCUUUGAAAUCCCGCUAAUGUCUGGGGAAAUCUGGACGUAUGGCAACCCUACUUUCCACUUGUGUGUUAGCUUUCCCCCCUUCCCCAAGCCUGCGGGUAGGUACUGUCUUGUUUUUGUUGUAUGUAAGCUGCUCUGGGAGACUUUUUGGACAAAGAGCACAAAUGCUCUAAAUAAAUAAAUAACCUUUGCUGGUUCAAAUGCUGUUGACAGCGGGAUCAUGUAUGACUGCCCUAAUAGUAUCAGAAGCACAAGCCAUCAGGAAUGAACAAUCAAAGGAUAUAUUGAUAUACCAUCAGUACAAUCACCCAGAGCCACUAUUAGAUUUCAGUAAUACUGUGUUUUCUUAUAUAGUACACUUUUUUCUUAUUUAUUUCAUAAAAUUUAUACACUGCUUGACUGUAAAAAACCUCAAAGCAGUUUACAAAAGAAUAAAACAAUAAAAUUAUCAGUAAACACAGUUAGAAGCAACUAUUUAAAAAAAUUAAAGAAAUUCAAAUCAGCGACAAACUGAAAACAGAUAAAAAUACAAAUAAACAUAUCUGGGUAGGCUUGUUUAAACAAAAAUGUUCUUAGCAGUGACCAAAAAGAGUGCAGUGAUGGCAUCUCCUGAUGUCAACAUGAAUGGAAAUUCCAAAGUGUCAGUGCUGCAACACUAAAAGGUUGAUCUUACAAAUGUGGAAUGGGUAUUAUGUGUGGCACCUUAAAUUUCUCCCCUCACUUCCUUUUUAUAUCAACAUAACCUCUUGAAUAACAAGAGUAAAAGUAACCACUUGCCAAAAAAGUAUGUCAUUCCUAUCAUAUCCUGUGCAAAUUUAUCAUUAUUUUUAUUAAAAUAUUUUUAUACCACUUUUCUUUCAAAAGAGAAUAUCAUGGUAGUGUACAAUAUCAAUAUGAAACAAUUCAACCAAACUACAUUAAACAAAGUGCAAUGUACAGAUACAGUAGACAAGACUAUAACUAGUCAGAAAAUGCUUGGCAGAAAAAUAUAAUCACAGUCGUAGCAUGGGGGGCGGGGGGCAGCAGGGGCUGUUGGCCCAGGCACAACUGGGCUGCAGAAGUCCCGAAGGUGCCAUGAGACUGGGAGGGAGGUGGUUCCCUUUUCUGGUCUGGUAUUGCGCAGUGUGUGCAGCAUGCACGGCCCCUGAGUGGCUAUGGGUUGCACGUGGAGAGCAGGCAGCUGGUCAGGCCUUCCUCUUAUGGGGUGGAGCACCCUCUUGCUUCCCACCCCUUUCGGUGCCUUGGAACGGCUCGCCACACAUUUCUUGCACUAUGACUGGUGCCACCACCAUGUGUGUCAGGUCUCAGCCGUGCUGGGCGGCCCCUCGGCUCCCUCCUGCCCCCCCCAAAUCUACCCACUGUAACGUUCUUUAAAGAUCUCUCCUGUUUCUCUCUACUUGUUUAGCUUCAAAGACAAGACUCUCCCUCAUUUGCAAAAGUUAGCAAGCUACUAACACCAUACACAUAAAUCACAGUAAUGAGGAUCUUUACCAAACAGAACACUAAUAUCCCCUGAAGAGAGUCUAGUUGAAUGAUUAAUCAGGUUACCAGCUAGAGAGGAAGGAACUUUUAUAGAACAUCAUAGAAUUAGUAACCAGGACCUUCACAGAAGUAAGAAGUCUGUGCUUCUAAUUUCGAAAUACACAGUACUGUUUUUCAUUCAGAAUUUCUAUUUGUGGGUGCUCAGCCUCAUCAGAACGUUAUUAGAAUGUGCCCUUUCUUCACCCCGUCCUCUUGGGCUUUAAUGCCUCCAAGCAUUAAUCCCCUGUUUUGACUACUGCAUUCCCACUUCUUAACAGGCUUUUUAAAUCUUGCUUUCAAAACUGUCUGACUAGUCUAUCACACUAUAAAGCUGAGCCAUAUCGCCCUCAUCUUUCAUCAGUUUUCACGACUCCUUUUAUGUUUUCAAUCUACUUCAAAAUUGCCUUCCCGAUUAUAAGAAUGGUUUGUGGAUUUAUUAAAGAUGACCUCUGUGAUGAUUCACCUGCUCCUUGGCUCAGUUUAUUGACUUCUCCAGUCUCUCCUUCCUCUCUGUUCUCUACUCUCUCACUGUUUAUCACAAGUUUGCUUCUUAUCUUUCUCAACUUUAUUGUGUACAUUUAACAGGCUUCCCUAAAUUUACCUUCCUAUUCUGUUUCAUUUACUGUUGAUGGAGCAAAUUAUCACUUUGCCAGCAAAAAGAGGGUUUGAUGCUGUACAUUAAAUGUCUUCAACUCCUCGGUGUCUCUUAAAUAGGACAUUGUAAUAGCUGUUUAUACCAAAUAUCUUCUUCCUUACUGACUUAGAGACAUGCAUUAUUACAAUAAUUUCCCUCAGUUGCUCAUGGCAUACACACUUAUUCCCAACUCUGUCAACUUUGUCCAAACCACAACUGUUUUUUCUUCUUCUAAAUUAAUUCAUCACACACACUGAUUUUUGUUUAUUUCCCUAACAAAAGCCUUGCACUCUACAAGACACAGCAAAGCAUGAAAUGAGGGUGCACCAGCAAGGGUAGCUAAGCACCCCUCUGCUAUAGAUCACCCCAUCCUGUGGCUGGGUCCAUUAUAAGGAAGAAGCAGUAAUCAGGCUAACAUAACGUGCAGUCUGAAUUGUGUGCUUGCAAUUUUUGCUUGGACCUCUGUGCUUAUAGUUGUGUUUAGCAUGUGUUGUUUGCACCAGUGCUUCUCAAGCUAUUUGAUGUUGUGGACCAGCAAUUCCCCCCACCCCACCCCAAUGUACCAGGGAUCAGUACCAUAUUUGGUCCUUGAAACAUCCCACCCAGGCUGUGGUGUAUUCACCAGGGACCAGCAGCCAAUAGCUUGCGGACUGGUGCCGGUCCACGGACCACUACUUAGAGUAGCACUGGUUUGCACUACAUUUUGUGUCCAGUUCUGAUUCCCCACAUCCUUUGGGAAUGGCCACAGCUUAGCAACAGAGUACAUGCUUUGCAUGCAGAAGGUCUCAGAUCCAGUACCGGAGCAGGUUGCUUCACCUCUGAUUCCCUCCCCUGGGUCUUUUCUAUCAUCUUGUAUUAUACAUGUCUAUAAGUAAGUAAAGGAUUUUAUUUGAAUUUUCAAAAUAGUGCCAAACCACCAUGCACCUCUGAUGAUGCAAGGAUCACAUAAUAAGCUAUGUAUGAACUUCUCACCUUCCAUAUGCAAAAAUUCUUACUUUUAUAUAUUAAUAUUUCUAGUUAAAAAACACUUAGCUACAUAGCCCAAUGCUGAAUAGGUUGCUUCCUAUGUUUCAGGCUUAAAUACAAGUUGUGGGAGAGGACUAUACUUUCAUGUUAACUGAAUUGCAUGAUGAGAAUAAAGAUUUAUAUAGUGAUUACCCGCAUAGCUUCAAAAACCCUUAACAUUGCAGGAACAAGGCAGGCCAGCCUAUUUAUCCUAGGAUUGCAGAUGGGGAGGAGGCUGCUAAGGUCCGUAGAGGAUAGUAGGAAACAAAUUUCCACAAAAUAACUAGCUAUUUUUAUUCAGAUGCUUUGGUUAAAAGAAUAUGUUUGUAGAAAUAUUGCUUUAUUUCUAAAGUAGACUGCAAAAUGUCGUGAGUGGGAAUUGCCCUCUGAGGGUAUAUAGGGGAGGAGAUCCAGCCACCAUCACAAUUGCCUAGUUUGUUUGCAGUCUCUGUCCUUGUGAGGUGCACAGCGUUUUCUACAGCCUAGAAGAGCAUAAGCUACCUAGAUGGCAGCUCUUUCAAGAUGAAACUUAGGGUAGCAGCAGGUCACCUUAGAGGUGAAUGUCAAGGAGUGGGAAAAUGGUGAAGAGUUGUAAUGAACCUUGCAUAAUGGGGAUGGGUACUAUUUGGAGGAUGGGAGAAAUGCUGGAUUUGUGAAAGAGUGCUUUCUUCCAGCUUCAGCUGGUAUGCCAGCUACGUUUGUUCCUAGACAGGGAUAGUUUGGCUACAGUGGUGCAGCCACUGGUAACCUUUAGAAUGCAGUACAGCAGUGCAUGCUACGUAGGGCUGCCCUUGAGUCUGGUUCAAAAAUUGCAGCUAGUAUAGAAUGAUGUGCCCUGGCUUUUGGCCAGUGCAGCUUCGUAUCAGGUAGUCUUGGUGGCUAGAAGCACCUUUUAUCAGCUGCAGCCAUUCCUGGACCAGGAUAGCUUGACCACUGUAGAUCAGACACUGGUAACUUCAAGACUGGAUUACUGCAAUACAGUCUAUGUGGGACUUCCCUUGUUUGGUCCAGAAACCUGAGUUAGUGCAGAAUGCUGAAGCACAAUUUCUGGUAAGGGUAAGAUCCUGUCCUGCAGGGCAAAUGGCAUUCCCCCCGCCUUUCUUUCUGUAUUUUAACUGGGAAAACAGAAAAUCUGUGUGUGUCUUUGUGUGUGCACCUUAAAGAGUCCCAAUCUGAUUCAGGGGCCCUUGUGACUGCAAUUAGAAGAUCACAAUUACAGAUUUCCCAUAUAAUAUAAAGGUACACCUUAAAUUAAGUGAAAGAAAAUUGGACAGCAAGUGGGCAAGUUAUGUUUUUUAAUGCUCCCCUGCAGUAAACAAGCCCAAUCGUCGUCCUCAUUCUGCACAAUAUGUAAAAUGACUCUUGAAUGUUACAUUGGGAGGCAAAGUAAUGGUAUAGAAAAGAUGCCAUAUAUGUUUCACAUUCGCACCAUUGCUUGUGUAUGCAGGUCUACCCUAAGGGGUCAGCAUGGUCAGAAGCAGUGCUAUUUUUCUAGAAAAAGAGGUGCCUUGUUCUCUUAUAAUGGCAAUGUCGCCCACCUGAGAGGUGCCAGAACUGAGUUCUGGUGCGUUCCAGCUUGGGAAAAAAAAUAUCUGGUCAGAAGAACUGAUUGCUGAAUGGCCUGACCCUGACAACUCAUGCUUCUGACACUAGUCACUCACCUGGGCCUUUGGGUUGGCCAUUGCAGUGUGGUUAAGAUGUGGCAGGAUUGGAGCCAAGCACUACCACCCCACCCACCUGCAAAGCAUGCCCAAGGGUCCAUCAAGGAGUGAGAUGAAUGGGUUAACAGGGUCAAAGUAGUCAGCAGUGGGCAACAGUGGUUUGCUGCAUCAAUGGGCACCUACGCAGCCCUUCCACAGCAACCCAUCUUAGAAGCUGCACAUGGUAGUGGGCUCACUGAAGUCUAAUGUCACGUGGGAACAUGCUAGUCCAUUUGGACUAACAGCAUGCUUCCACUAUAUAUUUUGCUUUUAAGGGCCAAACUUGAAGGGAUGUUAACUUCAUGAAGGCAAUUAACAUAUGCAACCACUGCAAAGUAGGCUUGGGACCAUUAGUGGAAGAGAGCAGGAACUUAGCUCUUUCUCUCCCACAAUAUUGCUUCCCACAAAAUUGCUGAACUUUGUCAGGCAGAAUCAAGAUUCUUGGCUGCUAUUUACAUACAAAAGAAGUACAUGUCUGUUGCAUUCAUGGCCCACCAUGAAUGAGCAUUCUCAUACUUUGCAAGUCUUCAUCAAAAGCAUUAAGUAUUAUUAUCUGUAUUGCAGGCUUCUGUAUUUUAGAUUGGAGGAAAAAACUUAUUGCAGUUCCCUUCAUUUCAUUUCAGCCAUUGCUUCAGCCCUCCUCCUUGACUAUCAGGCACACUCCACAAUUUAUUUUGUUCACAUCCAACCCAUUCAGGAAUCCCCACUAACUUGUACAGCUGUGUCUUGUACAACCAUGACUCCUAGAGAUCCCCAAGGCCUCUCCUUUUUUACCAUCAGCAAAGCAUUAAUUUGUAUUAGACUACAUCUAUGUAUUCAUUUAUUUAUUUUUAAGUUACUUGAGCCAAAAGACAACCCACAACUCAGUGUGGGGAAAGCACGUUACAGAUUACUGACAUGACAAUCUGCAUCAAAGAGCCAUCGGUGCAGACCAGCCCUAUGUAUCUAGGUUCCUACUUAUACCUAUCCCAGGUGCAAGGUCCAUAGCUGUCAACUUUUCCCUUUUCUUAAGGGAAAUUCCCUUAUUCCGAAUAGGAUUCCUCACAAGAAAAAGGAAAAGUUGACAGCUAUGGCAAGGUCAGGGGUGCCAACUUAAAUAAAAUAUUGUGGGGGCCCAGGUAAGCCCCACUCUACAUAAUCAAUCACAUGACGCAGUGCACACACAAACACACUAUUUGAAUGGGAAUGCCCAUCAACUUUGUGGGGGCUUGGCUCCCUCAAAAAAGUUUUGUGGGUUUUUGGCUUCUAUGUGCAAGGCUGAGUCUGCUCACUGGGAAACAGAGGCAUAGUGGGGGGGGGGGAGCCAGGGGGGCAUGGCCCCAGCUGCAUAUUUUUGAGGGGGAGCAAUAAGGCACCCCCAUGACAGGUACAGAGCCCAACUCUAUGAGUAGCUUCUGCUUUAAAAGCAGCUAUGCUUAAAGGCUGGCAAAGUGACUUUAUCCAGCCCUGAAAAGUGCACCACUGGAGUGGUUGUGUGGGUGGAGCGGGGUGGAAUGGAAGAGGAGGAAGAGGAAGGCAACAACAGUAGUUGAAAAGUCAACCAUGAGUUGGAAGGAUUAAUGGCCGCGAAAGCAGCAACAGCAGCUCCCAGAGCAAAUAUCUCAUAUGUACUCUGGAUGUACUGGUUUAGAUAAAAUUAACUCACAGCAAAACAAAAAGCGUAAAAUAAUUCCACUGCUAUACCUCUAAUCUAAAAGCAGCCCCCAAAUCCUCAACACACCACAAUUUUCUGCCUGGGUCAUCGGAAUAAGAGAGUGCAGAAUCAAGCUUCAUAUCAUAGAGACUUUUUUUGAGAAACUAUUGCUUCAUAAUAAUAAAAUUUGUUAGGAAAAAACCAAUAGCAACUCUACAGAAGUUUCUUAGAAAAGAGUGGAAGGAGGAAGAUAGAUAUCUGCCUUGCUACUACACUAUAUUUUAUAUAUUAAUGAAAGUUACUCUGAAUUAUUAAAGAAAUACAAAUAAUGGUUUUUAUGCUCCAGCUUGCUUAAUGCAGCACAUCUAAAUUAUUGACUCAUUUUUGUUGCCAUUAGUGUUGUACCACAAAACACUACAACAUUGACUAGCAAUCAAAUUAAUAAAAUAGUGACAAUUAUUUCAUGAAAAAGCAAGGGAGGAGAAAAGAAUUGCUGUUGAGGAAACAGGAACCUUGAUCCACGGAUUUUGAUUUUCUUAAAUUGCUUCAUUAUGUAAUCAAAUAUUAAUAUCCCAUAUUUCCUGAAUGCUUUUAUGCUGUGAGACCCAUGAUCCUUUGAAGCUUAUAUAUUCUUAUCUACAGAAGUUGGUCUGAUAUCUUCUCUCUCUAAAAAGAUUCAAAGCAUUUCAAAAGCCACAUAUAGAGCUGCCAGUUAUUUCUCGUAGUAAAAAAAAUAUGCCGUAAGAUUUGGAAACAGAUGACUUAGAACAAAUGGACAUAUAUAAUACAUCAAUGACAAUUAAGCUGAACAGUAAAGGAAGCACAGGUCUGGAUUUUCCUGUGCAGAAUAUCAGACAUAACCAUUGCUCCUAAUAACUAUCAUUUCACCAUUUAAAUCAAGCACAGCAUGAAGCUCAUGUGAAACUUACUAAUUAAGCAAAAUCCUGUAAUGAAGUUUCUAAGAACUGUAAUGAAGUUUCUAAGAGCAAACUACUUUGGAGAAUGGUAUAUAAAUUACCUGGUAGGUGAUGUGAACAAAAGGUGGUUCUUGAGAAGAUGGGUAAGCUACAGAUAGUCUCUUUCCAUUUUUUGUGAAAUCUACUAGUUCCAGAAGUCUCAACUGUAAGUCAUUGAAGCUGCCACACAAUUUUUCCAAAUUCCUGGAUAUUUGACUGCCUCCUUUUUCAUUAGCCAAGCUGCUGUUUUUAGGAGAAUUCAAAGUUUCUUGCAUCACUUUAGAAGAAACUGAUCUAUUGGAAAACCUGGUAGGCGUUCCAAGACCAAACAGGGCUACUGACCGAUUAAUUGGUUCUGCAUCCAAAGUUUCCAGUGCAAUGGAUGGGUCACCUAAGACUCUUUUCUCAUCAAAAUCGCUCACACUAGAUGAUGAACUUUGCUCAUAACUAGGACUCUUCACUUCUUCCAGCAUUCGUCUCCUGCCACUAGGUGACUGAAUAAUCGUUCUGCCUGGGAUUAAGAGCUCCCGCCCUACAAUGUGAUCCUCUGCAGCAAGAUUCUCAAAAUACUUUCUUUUCCCAGGAAUGUUCACAGAGGACUCAAAACUGAAUGGCAGACUGUGGGCGGUAUCAGAUUUUGCUGAUGGCUCUUCCUCAAAUAUUAAUUCUUUGAUCAUCAGUCGGAUGAUAUAUCUAUCAGAAUUAGAUGAUGGGAUAAGUGAGGGGUCAGUGAACUUCUGCUUCCCUAUCAGAACUAGUAAGAGUUUCUCUGUCAAAAAGGACAGACCCUUGGGUCGUUCGCUUUUCUCUAGUUGGAUUUGCUGAAUAUUGGGCAUGCAGGAUGAGGUGACUGAGUAGACUAAAACAAUGUUACAAGUGUUAGAAGCUAUUGCCACAAUCUGAGCUCUAAGGUCAAAAGCAAUUAUAUCAGGGACCAAAAUUCCUGGAAUGCUGACUUUCCUGGUUGUGGUUACCUUUCCUUCAAAAGUCACUAAGAUCAAGUGUGACGAAUCUUGGCCAGUUCCUGAAGGGUAAUCCUUCCUUCUCAAAGGAAUGAGAGGACUGGGAUCAGAUCUCCGGUGAUUUGAAAGGAUGUGGGUUAAAUCAACUGGGCCCGAGGAAGAUGAAGCUACUGAAUCAACGGCUACUGAUUUGUCUGAAUCUAUAGACUUCCUUCGCAGGUCCAUAGAGUAUUCCUCAUCCCCAAGCACCAGUGUAGACUGCGAAGUUAAAGAACCCGUUUCCGUUCCUACAGGCAAUUCAAAUGUAAUGCCUGCAUUUAAGCCACAAAUCUUAUCAAGGGGGAGUUCGGUAGCCACAGCAAUUUGAAAAUCCAACGUGGCUUCGAUAGCACAAAUGUAGCUUCCAACGUCAAAUAUUGGGCAAAAGGAGCAAGCGUUUAAUGUUUUCUGGGCAUCGUCCCAUAUAUAGGAGUGAAGAGCGCUGCCUAUAGCAACGACUAAGCGAUGCCCAUCCUUAGUCCAGCAAGCACAGUGGAUGAGACCACUGCUUUUGAUAUCUGCUUUAAUCCUGGAGUUGUCUGAACGAACGGCAUAUAAAACAGAAGCAUCCCGUUUGGUAAGUACAGACAAAACGUCCCUCUUUGGGUGCCACACACAUCCCUGAGGAAGCAACUGGAAUGGCUCGCCAAUUUCACAGGUCUGAGAAACCAGGAGCUUAUUCUUUUCCGAGGCAACGUGGCUCAGUUGCCAAACGCUGACAUGCUUCUUAUGCUGAACAGCUAGCAGGGCUGGUGUGUCAGCCGAGUAACAUGGGCUCCAGUAAAGUCCAUGGACGUGUUCAAACUGACCAAUAACAGUUGAGUCGCCAAACCGCAGUUCUUUGUUGUGAAAGUGCAGGCCGGUCAGUGCCACCUGCUUGCCAUCUGUCCACGCAAUCCCAUGCACAGGGUGUAUGGCCUGGUGCAAAGCAUUAAGGCCUGUUCUCAGCAGCUUCGCUUUCCCCAGUUCCAUUAUUCAACCCUCCUUGCUAGUGUGGUUGGCUCCAAAGUUGAUUUUUCACAGGAUUCAUCAGAACAGCUUGACAAAGCAAAUGCUCCUUGACCGAAGACGGAUUUCCCUAUGGCAAUGCCCCUUCUUUCAAGCCUCUUCUGCGAUGUAGCUCUGCUGAUGUAUAGAUCUACAUCAAAGCUGCUCUAACCAUACUCUUUUCUGGGGAGGCGCUCUCUCUCUGUGUGUCUCUCACAGACACAUGUGACAUCUAAUAAGGUUUAGCUAAUUACUGUUCUCUGAGAUGACAUGUUCUUGGAAGCCUAUUUUUAACUCUUUAAGGGCUGGGCCUGUGUUUUAAAAUAGCAGUUUAAUACCUUCAGUGAAUAACGGUCUCUUCACUGAAUGGAGGAAAGCUCUUAUGCACCAGCAAGCAAUGCAGCUGCAGCAUGAAAUAAUGACCUGACACUUUUUCUUUCACAGCCCCUGAAGGGAACACUAAGAAUAUUUAAUCACAUUCUUGAAGUAUAAGGAAAGAAGGGUAGUAUUCAGUUUUGCCAGUAGUUCCAACCAAGUAAUGGGAGUGACAGGAAACAAAAGCAAGAGCAACAGAAAUAAGGUGUUGGUUUCUGUGAGUGGCAGACCAAUUGAUUCCAGACUUUUCUUCUUCUGCAUUUACUCUUUUCUCACUUUAUUCUGUAAUCCAAACUGAAGGGUCAUAAAAAGAGAAAAUCUGGGCCUUAAGCCUGAGUCAUACUAUCUUGAAGCACUGAUGGUAAUUAAAGAUGCUUAUGGGCUACCUGUGAUUACUUUCUGGUGAAGGAAAUGUGCUCUGCACACGCUCAGAAGCACUGUUAUCUUUAUUAGUUUUAUUUCAUGCAUUUGAGUGCUGAAUCCCAGCAUUUAGAAGGAAUACGGGAAAUAAAUGUUCACAAUACUGUAUGAUUAAAAGAUGCAAGGCUUUGCAAUGAAUUUCUUUCUUGCUGUGAAUAAGAUAUUGCAGAAGCCAACUCAAAGCAGUGCAGUUCAUCUCUUGUCCAUGUUUUACAUUACUCCCUUGUCUCAACUGCCUCCCAUCUUGCUGACCUUAUUUAGAAUAAUAGAUUCAUAGAAUCAUAGAGCUGAAAGUACCCACUAACUGACACAAAAGGCACCCAGUGCAGCAGUUAGGCUGUUCUUUCCCACAACAGAGCAGAAGGAAUUCCAAAUGAAAUGCACUUCAUCCAAGAUCCCAUUAUGGCUUGUACAUCAAUUCUGUAUCUUUGGCUGGAGUAGUACAUCAAUUCCCAAAAGUAAAAACAGCCACCAGAUGGCGCCUCUGACAGUUUCACAGGCACAAUUAAAGCAGCCUUUUAACAGACAUGUCUGCAAAAGUUCCCUGUUCACAAAAUACUUGAAUGGUUUUAGUUAUUUGUGGCAUACACUGAUGACCUGAAAAGGGGGGGGGGACCAGGUUUCCUCCAAUUCACAAUGGUUCCCCUGGCUAAGCUGGGCUCAGAUCUCAUAAACCUUGUUGCAACUUCAAAUUUAAUACUACCAAUACAGCAGCUGAAUACUACCAAUAUUUCACAGAAAUGUAGAGAAGUACUUCAACCCUCCUCCUCCUUUUACCUGAAAUCUUUAUUUCUUGUUUUUUUUAAUGUAUUCACAAAAAAUAUUGUGAACAUAAUUUCAGUUCAAAAAUACAGUAUCACAUGCGUAAAAUAAUGCAUAGGUGAAAUAUAGCAACAAUGCAUAAUAAUAAUAAUAAUAAUAAUAAUAAUAAUAAUAUAAGCCCAAUACACAAAACCUCAACACAUUGGGCUGCUUGUCAGUAAAACAUGUAUCAGACUGCAGCCUUGACUUGUAAAUUAAGCUAGACACUUUCCUUUUUAUUAAGGGCUGUUACAAUGAUUUCCACAGCUUGGCCUUGAUCUCUUUGUGAAGUUACAAAAAGAACUUGAAAGCAAACACAUUUUGUUCAGGCCCCCACUUCUGCACAAUACUUUGUGUGUGUGUCUGUGCAUUGUGCAGAAUGUGGGCUAUCAAAACUAUGUCACUCUGUAGAAGGUUACAUAUUGUAAUACAAUACUUGAGAGAGCAUUCUCACAUCCAAAUUAUUUUCUCAGCAUUUUUACCCUUGGAGGGUGUGUUUGUGUGUGUGUGUGUGUGUGUGUCUGUCUGUCUGUCACAGACUGGACAUGCUGAAAGAAAUCCAGAUGUACCAAUAAAUGACUCAGUGCUUGUAUGUUGAUUCAGACAUUAAGCAAGGCAGAUGGUGCUGUUGUCUUCCACAUAAAUUGUUGGCAUAGUGCGCCUUGGGGGCGAAGUCAAACUUGAAAGGUUACAGGGCCUUCUGUGGCUGUAGAGACCGAUACGGGGGGAGACAUGUUUUGUUGCAGCUGGGGUGGAUGAAGCUCCUCCCAGUGGUCAUUCCUCCUCUGAUCACUGCUAUGCAUACAUGACCUGACUGUCUCCAGGCAUCAUGGAGUUGAUGUUGCCAGCCUUCAUGCCACAUUUGCAGACAUCUUUGUAAUACAGAGUUUUACCCCAGUGGGUGUGGUGCCUGAAGCCAGUUCCCCAUAAAGAACUACAUCAUCUAAAUAAGGGAGAGGGGGAAUGCUUGUCAAAAAGUGCUCCCAUGCCAGUUCAUUCUGCAUGUGUGGAGCCAACAGCUCCUGGAGGAAUGGAGGGCUUCCAUCCUAUCUAAUCUCCUUCCUUUCACUGUCUCUUAAAGCAGAGCCAGCCCUACCAUUGGGUAGAGUGAAGCAUCUGCCUCAAGUGGCAGGCGGUGAUGGGCAGGCGGCAACAGUGAGGUGAAGAACAUAGCUAUUUGUGCUAUGUGACCUGCUCUCCAGCCCCUAAGCUAGCCUGCUGCCCUAAUGUCGUGAUUGAUACUGUCCCAUCACCAGGGCUGAAGGAAUAUCCAAAUGCAAGUCUAGCGGGCUUCAGUACAUGGAAGGGAAACGGAGGGAGCUGUCGUCUUGUCCUUCACCCGAGGCAGCAAAAUGUAUUGGGCUGGAUCUGUCUCAAAGCUUUCUACCACUUAAGAGUGCCAGGGGCAGACCCCGAGAGGACCUCAAAACCUUACAGUAUUAAAUUACUGAACGGGGGGGGGGGGGGAGGAAUUGGAUGGAGGAAUGAAAGUAUUUGUUUCCAAACCCUUUUUGCAAGUAAACAGUAUAUAUUAAAGUAAAUCUUCCUGGACAGUGAUUUAAAAGAAAUAAGAAUAAAACAGAGUGAUUUUAUGGGCUGUUUCUUUAAUUGAUUUAGUGAAAAUUAAAUUAAACUAGCAAGAGAAGGGUUGGGAAAAUUUCCAGCAUUAAUUCUUUGUAAAUAGUGAAGGCAGAAAUCUUAGUCACUUAUUACAUAUAUAUGUCACUUGCUUUAUACAGUUGUUAUAGUCCUAUUGUGCUUAGGAAUUGUAUGAAGCCUGAUAUUGCCAUAUGAUUCUGUGCAUUUUGCUUUCUUAUAUAUAUGGCAAUUCUAACCUUGAAAAACCUUUGGUUAGAGAACAUAAUCACAUACAAAAAGUCUAGCUGGAUCAGACCAAAGAUCUGUGUAAUUCAGUAUCCUGUUUUCCUUAAUUGCCAGUCAGAUGCUUUGUCUAGCUGUUGUCCCUCAGCAAAUGGCAUCUAGAGGUGCAGUACGUCUGAUCAUGGAGGCAGUAUAUUGCCUUUAGGAUUAUCAGCCAUUGAUAGCCUCCUCUUUUAAAAAAAGAAAUCAUAAAUAGUGUGCACCAAUACUUCAAACAGGGAUUGUGAAAUGCAUCCAAGCUACAUCCCUUAUCCAAAUUCCAUGACACUUCUGGUUAGCUGCUGUGGGAUGCAGGACUAGAUGAACCUUUGAUUUGUUCCAGCAGAGCUCCUUUCUCAGUUUAUUAGGAAACUGCUUUACACUUAGGGCUCAUCCGCACUUCCGCUUGCCCUGUGCCUAGAAAGCAUGGAUCUGAACAGUUUUCCACGUCUGUGCUUUCUAGGUAUGGGUCUGUCUGAGUUGCUUUGCCUUUCCCCCACUGCUUUCCCCCAGAAAACUUGCUCUUUAAUGCUAAAUCGGAACAAACAGCAAUCUGUUGCCAUUUGUUCCAAUUUGGCACUAUACUGACUGGCAGUGGCUCGUGAGGGCUUCAGACCGGAAGUCUCUCCCAGUCCUACCUGGAGAUGCCCUUGGAGGUUGAACCUGGUACCUUCUGCAUGCAAAACAAAUGCUCCACCACUGAGCUAAGGCUUUUCCUCACCAAGCAUCUGCUCUUUGGGCCUUAGGCAGAGGAUUAGAGGCAGAUGUAGGGGAAUGCAACUGAUUCAAUUGCACUGGGCAUGAAGCCUUGGGGACUCCACCAGAGAUGCAAACUAUGUUUUAGAAUUGAGGGUGAGGGGGGCGCUGCUGAAAUUUGAGACCCCAAGUUCUGCAACUGGAAGGAUCUUUCCCAGGGACCUUCUGCAGUCAAAGCUGCUGCCUUUACCGCUGAGCAAUGGUGCCUCCCUAUUAAAAAAACAACACCCCUGUUUUCUACAGGUUCAUUUCUAUUCUUGUCCAGUAUAAUGAUAGCUGCAGGGUCCUUGUUGCUUUAUUUCCUGAGGCUGCAGGCAGGAUUGCAGAGAGGGUUUCUCUGGAAACGAGUCUCGCGGUUGCAGCUUUUUCAGUUCUGUUUGGUAGGCCUGGAUCCUUACUCUGUGGUAUUUUUAUUUAUUUUUAAAAUUUGUAUAGCACCCUUCAUCCAAAGAUCACAGGGCAGUCCACAACAUAAAAAUACGGAAUGGAAACACAAAAUACAUAAUAAAACAAAAGCAAAGCAAAGCAAACCAGUAACCCGUCCCUCCCCCAUUCACACAUUUUAAAGCCCACAGAAUGUUAAUCAGCCAAAUGCCUGGUUGAAGAGAAAUGUUUUCACCUGGCGCCUAAAUAUAUUUAAUGUAGGUGCCAGGUGAGCCUCCUUGGAGAGAGCAUUUCACAGGGGAUGGGGGACACUUCAGAAAAUGGCCAUUCUUGUUUUACCACUCCAGAACUCUUGUGGAGGAAGCACACGAGGAAGAUCGCAGGGUCUGGGUUGGUUCAUAUGGGGAGAUGGGGCCCUUGAGUAGAACCAGCCUCGUAUAGGAGCAGCUUCGCACCUUAGCGCUCUGCCUAUGAAAUGGGGCUUGAUAGCAUGAAACGGAGCAAAGUAAAGUAAAAAAAAAAAAGUGCAUAAAAGCCCUAGAUUGGAAUCAUAGGCUCACGGAGUUGGAAGGGAUCCCGAGGAUCAUCUAGCCCAACCCCCUGCAAUGCAGGGUUCUCACAUGACAUAUAGCCACCCAACCUCCACUUAAAAUGCGGAGCCGUUUCCACGCACGCGUUUGGCAAGCCGGGCUCUGCGCUGCCAAAGGAGCAGCGCCUGCUUCCCGCAAGGAAACAGGACUGCAUUCAUUCCGCAAGCUGCGCUGCCUGCCUGCCUGUCUUCUCUUUUCGCCGCGCGGUCCCCCGCCCUCUUACUCCGCCGCCCAGCUCCUCCCCACGGGAGGCUUUUCGCCCUGCCUUCCCCUCCGCCACCUCGCGGGGGGAUUGGGCGACGGCGGCGCCUGCAGCCCCCCACCCCACUUUUCCAUUGGCCCGGUGGGCUGAUGGGCAGCUCCGGAGGCGCUUGUCCGUCAGCUGCGGAGAGGGGCGGGGAGCUAUGCGCCGGCUGGAGGGUCUCGCUAAGCCGGGACCGGCCGAGGAGGACGGCGGCGCGUGGUGCGCGGAGCAGGUUGCCAAGCGGGAGCGCGCCGCGUCGAGAGCACGGCGGCCAUGGGGGUGGAAGUGGAGACCAUCACGCCGGGAGACGGUGCGGUGCCCCCCUCGCUGCGGGUUCGGGCUGAGGGGCGCGGGGAAGAGAGGGGCGGCAGGGCAAAGCAGCUGCAGGAGGAGCUGGGUGCCUAUGGGGGAAAGGAGGGUGGUGGUGGUGGUGGUGAAGCUUUUGGCUGCUCAGAAGAGGAGAGGAGGAGAUUUGGUUGGGAGAAGGCGAUGAAUGAACUGGAAGGGGAGUUUUUUGGCCAGGGAGUGGUACCAAGUAGGGGUGCUCCUGGUAACGGUGGAGCUACGUCAGUUCUGGAAUUGUCCAGUUGGAAGGGACCCCAACGAUCAUCUAGUCCAGCCCCCUGCAAUGCAGGAAUCUUUUGCCCACCGUGGGACUCGAACCCACGAUUCUGCAGUUAAGAGCCUCAGGCUCCACCGACGGAGCUGUUGAGGGCCAGCUCAGUGCAAUGCAGGUGCGUGUUCAGGGUUUCUGGGUACCUUAUUUGAGCUGCAGCGCGUCCUCCUGUUCUCCACACCCUGGUCAGUACCCUGUGGUUCUUUGGCUCUCUCCUGCCUUGGCCAUCACUCUUGUCCACCUUGCCAAGCUUGUAAAGUAUAUUUCAGCCCAACUGCGGCUGACGAAGGGAUCGGAUUUCCUAUCAUUUCAGAGGGAUAUUUGAGGUCAGAGGGCUGAGGGGUAGGUGACUGUCUCUUUCUCUGGCUGUCAGGAGAUUGAAUCAGGGAGGAUCGGAGAAAGUGGAACCUACAGGAUGUUCGGAACAGGAAUUUUAAAAUGCAAAAUGCGUGGAAAAAAUGCUAAAUGCAAAUAUACCUACAUAUAUAUAUGGUGGGGGAUGGGAGCGGUCAGGUGAGGGGAAACUUGAGACUCCCUGGCUUAGAAUAUGGUGGAGGGUGCCUGUCCUGAGCAACAUAAUGAGGGGAAAUGCCCAGAGGGCUCUGUGGAUCGGUGGGCUGCAGUCUUCUGCUUCUUUGGCAGCAGCAUCGGCAGCCACAAGCGAUUAGGGAUAUUUAAAUGGCAUUUGCUGACAGCUGCAUAAAUCCAAGCGCAGUGAAGUAAUUUAGUAGCAAGAGCAAAUUAUAGUACGCUGUACUUCCCUGUUUAAAAUGUGAGCCUCUCCAUUCAGGAGAGAGACAAGGCUUCAGGCUUGCUCCUCUGUGAAAACCUGGAGAAGGCUCUUAUUGAAGAGACCACUGCUGCAACUGCAGAGCUAGCAAAGCAAAGAACUCCUGUUUUUACGGGGUGGGGGUGACCAGUGAAUGGGAUUUAGCAGGGUUUUGUGGCUGACAGUAACAUGUGGAGAUAGCUUUUUGCCAUGAAGUGGAGAUAGCUUUUUGCCAUGAAGGAAAUGUGUGCCACUUAGUCAUUAGCCAGACAUUGACUUUGAAGAAGUCUUCGUUGUGGGUGCAGCUCGGUUUGAGAACAUACAAUAGAACGAUGGCAGUUUGGCCCAGCUCACAGCACAGAGGAAGAAUCCUGUAAAACCUCAAAUGCUCUGCUCAUUCUAAAAUGGUUACAGCGUGUUCAGCCAGGCAUAACUCUUCAGUUUCACCAGAUUUACAGCCCCUGACUGGUGAAUAUAAUUACUGUGGACAAUAGUCUACAGAUUUUGGCAGGUGAGUAAGUGCCUGGGACAUCUGAUUGGCCACCAUGGGAAAAGGAUGCUUGACUAGAUAGCUCAGAAAGUAGAGCAUGAGACUCUUAAUCUCAGGAUUGUGGGUUCAAGUAGGGUUGCCAUACCUCUGGAAUUUCCUGGACAUAGCCGGAAUACUGCAUUUGGAAACAGUGUCUGUUGCAGAAAUCGCUAAAAAUGUCCGGGGAAAUCCGGACGCAUGGCAAGUCAUGUCGGCAGUGUCAUUUCUGAUGAUUUACCUGAAAAAAUAAGGUAAAGGUACCCUUGCCCGUACGGGCCAGUCGUGUCCGACUCUAGGGUUGUGCGCCCAUCUCACUUAAGAGGCUGGGGGCCAGCGCUGUCUGGAGACACUUCUGGGUCACGUGGCCAGCGUGACGAAGCUGCACUGGUGAGCCAGCACUAGCGCAGCACACGGAAACACCGUUUACCUUCCCGCUAGAAAGCGGUACCUAUUUAUCUGCUUGCACUUUAGGGGUGCUUUCGAACUGCUAGGUGGGCAGGAGCUGGGACCGCAGGCGGGAGCUCACCCCGCUGCGGGGAUUCGAACCGCCGACCAUGCGAUCGGCAAGCCCUAGGCACUGAGGAUUUACCCACAGCGCCACCCGCGUCCCAUACCUGAAAAAAUAGCUCCAGUUUAUUUAUUUUUGCUCAACAACUUUGGAACUUUUUGAAAUAUCUUCCAGUCCUACGUUGGGCAAAAUAUUCCUACAUUGCAGAGGACUAGAUGACCCUCGGGUCCCCUUCCAAGUCUAAAAUUCUAUUAUUCUAGGUCUUUGGUCUGAAUGAGCAGGGCUGCUCUUUUGUUCACAAGGUAGCCGAUACAAAGUAAGUGUAUCCCCUGUGGACCAGAUGCUCAACAAAAGGAUUUUACAGGGACAAAGUGGAAGGCACCAUGAUCGCAGUAUGAGGCACAUUCUUCUGCUGUUUGCCUCCCCAUGUCACUGAUAACUUUGUUGAAAAUGGUCCUGUGAUGAAGCAAACUAGAAGCUGGCCGAAAUCAAGCUUUUGGUCACUGCUCUUUGAAAUCAUAUUUGUGGGCCCUCUUUAGGCAUGGUUGUCAUUUAAUUAAAAAAACACAGUAGUAAAAGAAUGAUCCCAAUUGUAUCGUUUAAAUUGAUGGUCACUGAAAAUUGAAAUCUGUUCCCCCUUCUUUCCAAAUGGCACAUAUAAGCCACUCUCUGGGAGGGUGAGACUAGCAUAAGCUACAGGUAUGUGAUUACAAUGUCAUUCACACUACAUGACACCAUCUCUGCCUCUACACCUUUGCUUUCUUACACUGGUCGGUGUUUUUAACACAGAAAACCGAAAUUAUUCAAUUUCCAUUUUAUCUUGUAUUUAAUGUAGAUUUCGAUAUGAAUGAGUUUAUUCUGCUUUGACUCUUUUUAAACAUCCACUUUUCUAAAAGGAUGUUCAACAGCAUUUUUAACGUAUGCGUUUGUUCAUGUUUUUAAACAGGAAGGACAUUUCCAAAGAAAGGCCAGACAUGUGUGGUCCAUUAUACAGGUAAGUUCCAUUAUGAAUAGACCAUUUUGUGUUUUCAGAUUGUUAUUUUCUGUUUGCAGUCCAACCAUAUUUAUUUCUCCAUACUGAUUCGUGAUGUCCUACAUCUUUGUAUAACGGCAUUCAGGUUAUCCAAAAUGCUAUUGAUUUACAUGAAUUCAGAUAAUUGUUGCUCAGGUUAUUAUACUAAAAGAAGUACCCUGGACCCUUCUAGCUUUUCUCUCCCUCUCCCCACCCAUUUCAUAAAAAGGACCAGAGGUUGUAGUCUAGCUAGUCAUGUUGUCAUCACUACAGAAAGCAGAGCAGAAGCUUGAUUUCUUCAGUACAGCAUUAAUGACUCCACUCCUGCCUUGCUGUUUUUUACCCUUUCUUCUACUGCUCAGUACAUACUGAACACUUAUGAUGUUCUUUGUGGAGAGCAGCUAUAAAGCCUGUCAGUGUUCAGGUGCAGUGGUCUUCAGCUUACUAAGAGCUGGGACUCACCUGUAAUCCCAACCUGAAAUAUGGGACUCUCUUUCAAACGAUCAUAGGCUCCACAGGGCAGAGCCCAGCAUUAAAAAGGGUGGAUCCCAAGAAUCUGGGGUGUGGUUGAGGCAGUCUGAAAAAGCAGAGUGUUAAAAGAAAAUCAGCAUGAAGAAGUGGAGUGUCAUGUUAGUGGGUAGGGCAAUUUUAAUGUGUGUGCCUGGGGGACGGUGUGUGUGCAGGUAGUAGCCCACAGAGAUUGCAGAGCCCCCUUUAUCUGUCCCCACCUCUGUUACUGCUGCUGAUAGUGUUGCAGCACUGAGUAAGAGCUGGCUUUUUGGUGAGGAGCGGCCAUCAUGCACAUACAGCUGUUUGCACGCAGGCUCUGUAUGUGUUGUUGUGAACUGUGAUUGUUGCAAUGGCAGAAAACAGGAAGCUGCAUUGUGCUGAAUGUACGCCGGUGGUUUUUCUGGAAAAAGGUGCAAAAUUCAAAACUGCAGGUAGAUCCAGAUGAUUGGGGGGGGGGGUUCUGCCAUUAUAAUGUGGCACACAGAGAAAAGCACCCCACCCCCAGACAGUUGCUUCGCAGAAAGAUCUUGUGGAACAUUACUUGGCAGAAGACAAUACAACGGUGGUGAAGUUUGCUCAGUUCUGAAGCCCAAUUCUGCAAGUGUGUCCUUGUGAGACAACUGAAAAUUACCAUGUCACUAAGAGAAGAACAGGAAUUCUCUCAUGUAAAGCCACUGCAAACCAUAUCUCGCGUUUGACAAAUGUUGACAUAAAGAGAAGUAUUUUUAAGCAUUGCUUCUUCUUUUUAACAACCUCAAGUUGUUAGGUUCUUAAUGAAAUAGGGUUUUUUUAAAUAGGUGAGGCCCCCCCCCAUUUUUAUAUUGUGUGCCUUUAACUGCUUGUUCUUAUUACCAAAAUCACUGACUCAGCACAGAAUGAAAUCGGGAUUUAGAAAUGAUCCAUAGAUUAUUGUUGUAUUUACUGGGUUCAUUCAGAGUCAGUAAAGAGUAAGAACUGCUCUCCAAAAAGGUAUCGGUGCUGUCUCCAUGCAGCAGAAGUUCUGAUGAUCAGGGAGGAGGUGCCUCACUUCUGACAUAGCUGGAGAGUAGUAUGUGUGUGAUGCUGAGAUGUCAUUACUGAUGGAGUUAUACAAAGACCCAACUCUUGUACUAUGAUCCUAUAAUCCCUUGUUAGCCGGCUUUUUUCUUUAUUCUGGGAACCACUGUAAAGUGAGCUAAACUUGGCUGCUGUGGCCAUUAAUAUAAUUGCAAUAACUGGCAGAAACUUGCAAGAAGUGGCAAAAAAUAACUCUCCCUUGAGAUGACUAUGAUGAUAUAUUUAUCACUAUUCUGGUAAUGGAAAGAAGGAGCAGACUAGAAGACUUCAGACUACAUGGCUACCAUGCUAGAAUUUCCUUAAAGUAGGGUAGGGAAACCAACCCAAAAUGCAGAGAUACCAAUUUAUUAUUAACUACAUAUUUAAACCAGAUUACUCUGAACAUCUUUACAGAAAUGUGGCGGCAUGGGUGAAUUUGUUCAGUUCCAUGGUGCUCUUUACCCCUUCUUUUGUGACUCACACUUUGACAGUUGAACAAUUGCUUGGAUAAGUAAAACUCAACUUGAUUUUUUGUAAAUCUGCUGCCAUGUUAAUCCAGUGACCUUUGUAUUCAGCAGCUUGCUGUGUUAAUUCAGCAUACUUGAGUUCACAGAAAUCUUCUGGAUAAAUAAACUUUUUCUUAUUUCAUGUUUAGGUAUCUUGUGUUAUUUGCCACCAUUUUAAUCGUAAAGUCCAAUACCGGAAACUGUGUUGGUGGUGAUGGCGUGUGUGCUUUUCAAAAACCCUUUGGCUGUAAAUACACGUAACUCCAUAGUAAGACACAUAGGCGCAGCAGAACUUCUGAGUGAACUUCUGGAUGAAGUAGAAAUUCAUUCCAUUUGAGCCCACCUAAAUUGUAGUCCCUGAAUCCACUUAAGAAUGGAGUUGCUGCUGUGAAAUUGCCAAGCCUGGCACUGACCUGGUACCAGACACUGAGUCCUGAAAGGAUGGCUCAGACUCCACACAGGUCAAGGGUGUUGAGGAGCAGGCAGGGUCCCUUGGAAACAGUGCUAAGGGUCUCCUUGAGGGGCCUCCUGGUGGUGGGGAGACCCACCGAAGAGCAGAGGAAGAGGUGGAGUCACCCUCCACAGUUCUCGAGAAUGCCCAAACCAAAAGAUUUGAGACAAAGAGCAGCAACAUAGUAUACAUCUAUGGACCUUGGGUUGCGAGUGAGGGUGUCUCCCUGUGAGUAAAUAAUCCCCAAAACUGCUUCAUUGUCAGCUGUUGAGGUUAGGAUGUAGUUUAGGAGACUGCAGUAUUAAAGGUCUCCCUCUUGAGCCAUCCAGUUGUUGGAGGAAAGGCUUUUCGUUCCUAAACCUAGUCUUCGUUUCGUUCCUAAACCUGAUUGCUGAGCUACGUGGUGCUGGGACACCCUGUGUUAACUGAUCUUGGGAGGGUUGUCUCUGGAUCAUGUUUUGAACCUUGUGUUUGUCCCCAGUUUCCUUGCACUGCACUACACUGCACCCCCUCAAUGGUAUCUUUAGUGAAUGCUUUGGUGAGAGACUUAUACCUCCUGGCACCCAUGGGAGUGUGACAGGAAUUCACAUUUUUUUCUGAAUUUUGCAAUGCAGUUAACCAGCCAAACAUUAAAAAUGCCAAAUCUUUAUUUGAGGGGAAAGGGUGCACACACACAAAAGCGUAUAUUACUCGAUACUGUGCAAAAAUAAGUGUUGUUAGAAAUUCUGUGCAAAAAUGUAUUUAUGAGGCAAAAUUGCAUACAAAAAUGUGUGGGAGAAAUGUACCAUACAUAAAAAUACAUACAGGCAGCUACCAUUUUGUGCUGGGGUUCCGUUCCCAGACCCUGUGUGUGUUGGUGGAGCACACAUAAGUAUGCCCUACCCUGUUACACCCCAGUCUGUAUAUAUUUUUGUCCAGAGUUUAAAAAAGGAUUACUGCAAGCUGAUGUGGAAAUGGGACGGUGCACUUAAGAUUAGAAAAAAGGAGCCACCAAACAUAGACAUUGACUUUAAUGGGAAAAAUUUGCCCAUCAAUUGCAACCAAUUAGGAAUUGUAAGGAAGGCAACUUUAUUAGAAAACGUUGCUGUUUAUUGAUUGUGCCACCAGAAAAGAAAGUAAUUGCAGACCACUGUCUGUGAAUGGUUCAUUAUGGAAAGGCACCUUGGGCUAAAUUGAUUUUGUUCAAAAUAGACAACUCUGGCAAUAUUUUGUAAGUGAGAGUGCUCAUUGAUUGUUCACUGGCUCCUGUUGUUGUGGGUUUCUUUUCCUUGUUGUUUCUUUUCCUCCAGUUCCUGUUCUGUAUUCCUGAAAUAAUGUACCAUAAGUUAUUUCUGCACUGCAUUAAGUACAGAGUAGCAUGUCUUUCACUCCAUAAAUGCCUUCUGAUUCUAACCAAGUAUUUUCUGAAUAUUCCGAGCAGCAACUGUGUCUCAGGCUUCCUCUCCCUCAUCAUAGUGUAGCAAAACUUCCCCUGUCUCAGCAUCGUCAUGUUGGGCAUUUUCCCUCCCACCAAUAAUAGGGUAUGAAGGUGGGGAAAUAUACAGCAUGAUAAACCAUGUGGAGCAGCAUCCCUGAUGAGAUAUGACAGGCAUCCACUCACUGUAUUUCCCGGAAAUAGUUGAAGAUAUUUUUGUUUUGACAAGCUUUUCCAGCUGGGUGAAAAGGGCUCUGCCUUGGGUGUUCAUUUUGAACUGUUUUUCCAACCUCUCUUCAGUUGUCUUUUGUACUGUUUCUAAACUGGUUAUAUGGUAUGCUUGUAAAUUGCCUUGAGACGCAUGCAGAGCUGACCCCACCCAUGAGGGAAGGUGAGGUGAUCACCUUGGGUGGCAGGAUUCACAGUGGCAGCAGGUCCAGCCUCCAAGGAAUGCCUCGCCACUGCUACAGUGUCAGUGACAGCUGUGAUACACUUCCUGGAGGCCAGAUCUGCCUCUUCCUUGGCAUCCCCCCAUCAAUGCUGCCUCUAGAGUGGCCUCUUGGUGGACAGGAGGCACUCUUGGUCUUCUCCCACCCUUUCCCCCCAAAGUAGGCCUUCCCCCACUUCUCGUACCUAAAGUAGAUCCUUAUUCCCGCAUCUUUCUCAGUGUAGAUCUUUAUUACCGCCUUGUUCCUGAUGUAGAUCAUCACUCACUCCUUCUUCCCUGGUGGAAGGAAGCAUUUUGUGGCCUUGAGCCGAUCCUGGAUGUAUAUAUGUGUGAGUGAGCCAUGUUAUUGAGCUUCUGCAACUAUAAGCAUGCUUGUGCCUGAAUCAGCUACCAAGAAACUAAUUUUUGUGUGUGUGAAGAUUAGAUCUAGUUGUCUUCUACGGAAGGUGAAGGCUGAAGUUUUUCUCAUAGGGCCAAACCCUACCAUGAGGUAGAGUGGAGUGGCCACUCAGGCAGCUCAUUUUAGGUGUCCUGAAGGUACAGAUUCAGUCAAGGUUAGAGAGAUGUGGAGGCGACUGGGCAGUGACCCAUAAAAGUUUUAUCAUUCUCACCAGGAGGUCAGUCCAUCUGGGAACUGGAUGGGAGGGUUUAUACUUGGUGCUGGGAGGCAAGUCAUGUUGGUAUACUGUCUUCCCUACUGCCCAACUACCUCCCUGACUAAGCUGUCUGAAGUAAUCUGGUGAGGAGUUGGAGAAUCUCCCGACUUUAGUUCUGCAGGUAUGCCUGGAAGAAGUGUAUUAUCAAGAUCCUUUCUGGUUUGGAUGCUGAAUCAGCCUUAGUCACCCUUAUAAAUGACCUUCAAAUGGAGUAAAACAGGGUAGUGUGAACCUGUUAGUUUUCCUUGACAUCUCAGUGGUUUUUGACACCAUUGAACAUAGUGUUCUUCUGGAGCAACCCAAGUAGGUGGAAACUGGAGGUAACGUAUUACUGUAAUUCUGCUGCUACCCAUAGGAUUGCUACCAGAAAGUAGUAAUCAGAGAUUGUUGCUCGGCUCAGUGGCUUUGGGACUCUGAUGUCUCACAAGUGUCUCUUCUGUCUCCUGAGCUAUUUAAAAUCUACAUGAAACAGUUGGGAGCUGUGACCUGGGGAUUUGGAACACAGUGCCACCCAUGUGCUGAUGACACACAGCUUUAGCUCCAUUCCAUCACAAUCAGGAGGGACUGUGAAGGUGUUCCACAGGCGUCUGGAAGCAGUGAAGGGCUGGAUCGGGGCCAAUUAAUUACUGCUGAAUCCCAAUAAGACAGAAGCACUGCGGGUAGGUGAUUCCCAUGUCCAGAAAUUAAGGUGUACAACCUGUUCUGGAAGGUUUGCAGCUCCCCACUGAAGAAACAAGUACUUCUGGGAGUACUUCUGGAUUCCAACUUGUCAUUAGGGUCUCAAGCAACUUCUGUAACUAGGAGUGCUUAUGCCUAACUUAAGCUGACUCUCCAGCUACUGUGAUAGCUCAGUUCCUCAUGCUCUGGUGAGCUCCCAUCUUGGCUACUGGCUAUAUGUAGGGCUGCCCUUGAAGAGGGCCCAGAGGCUGCAGCUCUUGCAGAUGAUAAGUGGGGCAGCCCAGUGGAACCUGUGUCACCAGUCCUGAAAGCUGCAUUGGCUGCCAGUGAGGACCAAUUCAGAGCGUUAGUACUAGUAUACAAAGCCCUAAAUAGCUUGGAACCUACAUAAAAAGAGUGCCCUCCCCAGCAUCAACCAUCUUGGACGUUGCACUGCCGGCAGCUGCCUGGCAGGCAUUGACCUGUAACACAGCCUUUUCAGUGGCAGUUCUCCAUUUGUGGAAUGGCUUCUCUGGUGACAUGUGUCUCAUUAUUGACUUUCAGGAGAAAUUUUAAAAGAUUCUUGUUUACCCAGGCAUUUGAUGGCUACAGUACACCCUUCCUGGGCACUCUGGGAUAACUGUUAUCAUCAUCAUCAUCAUCAUAUUUGUGACUCUGGGCUCUUUCAGGAGGAUGGGUAGGAUAGAAAUUGAAUGAAUGAAUGAAUGAAUGAAUGAAUAAAAGAGUUGUGUUUUUACUCCUGAAAUGUGGGAUUUUCUACCACUGGUGCCAAAUGACUUGGCAAGCCUUUGGUGCUGUGCCCCUCGAGCUGGCGGGGGUGGGGGGGGCGGGGAGAGAAGUAGCACAUGCCAUUACAUCCCGGGCAGCAAAAUGUCUGGGGCCAGCCCUGCACCAACUGUGUUUGGUUUGAUUAACCACAUCACAUCCAAGUUCUAUUUUAGACCUGGAUACUGUAUCAGACAUUGUAAGUGCGAAGGACAGUGUUAAGCAAUCAGUCCUGAUGCUGCUGUAACAUUUGAGAUACCGGGGGUGAGCUGUGGAUAAGGUUGCAACGUUGUCAGGGUGGCUUGAACAGCAGCAUGCGAGGCACAGUUCAGUGGCUGCCGAUUCCCCUUUCGCUACGUCUCCUUGCCGGGUAAAACUGUACCUGCUGGACUUCUGCCUGUCUGUGCAGCUGUUUCAGUGUACAGGAACCCUGCCAGAAGACAGACGGCCUCUCUAGCUGUGGAGCCGGCAGCUGUCCUUUAUGCUCUUUCCAUCGGGGCAGCCUAUGUGUGAAAAAUAUAUCACAGCGUGAAAUGUAUCUAUGUGUGAUUGGAAAUAAGUCACAGAGGUGAUAACAUGUGAAUAAUUACUGGUGCGAUUAAGUAUCUCCUGGUGCAUCAAUCUGUCUCUCAUCCUGAAGAGCUAGCAUGGACAGCUGCUAAUAUGGCACACAGAACUACUGAGUCAGUAGAACAAGGGAAGUUAAUACUGGCCAACAGGAAUGAGACAAAAUCGUUCUGAUCCUGCCGUUAUUCUCACUUUCUUAGCCGUGUUUGGGGGUGGUGUUUUUUUUAAAUGAAUGGGACAUUUUUUUGUUUCUGAGCAUGGACAAUCAACGUGGCAGAUAGUGGAAAUUAUUCAUUGCCGUUUUUUCUGUGAAGUGUAGAUUAACCAGAGUUUCCCAAACAUAGGUUUCGAGCUGUUGUUGGACUACAACUCCCAUCAUCCCUGGCUAGCGGGACCAGUGGUUGGGGACGAUGGGAAUUGUAGUCCAAAAGCAGCUGGAGACCCAGGUUUGGGAAACCCUGGAUUAAACAAACAAUAAAAAGGAAUAGGCAUUAUUAUCCUUCUGUCUAUGGUGUGGUGUAGUGGUUAGAAUGAUGGAUUGUGGGAGCUGGGAGUCCUGGGGUGAUCCCCCCUCCCCCUUCUGACCCACUAAGCUCACUGAAUGAUCCUGGGCCAGUAACUUUUUAAAAAAUAAAAUCCAAAUAUUUUUUAUUGAUUUUCAGGUAAAUACAAGAACAACGUAUAGCUGCAGUAACUUGUCCAGUGGUACAUUCUUAUUAAGUUUGAUAUGCAGUACACAGUACACAAGCAAUACGUUUAUUUAUGCACUGUCAAUUCAAGUAUCCUCUCCACAGAGAUUUUUGUAGUAACUUUCAACCUAACCUACCUGACUGGGUUUUGUUGUGAGGAUAAAAUGGGUGGGUGGGGAUUGUGUUCCUAAAUAACCACUUUUGAAAAACAAUAUUGUACUUUUAGUGGGAAUCAUAUUUUGCAUGGACCUCCAAAGCGGUUCCUUGUAUUUGAUGCUGUGCUUUGCUGAAGACAAUGUAUUACAUAAUAUGUCUUCAGGGUUUUUGCAGUUUUAAAGGUAGCUAGUGCUUUUAUGUAAUUUGUGGUCACCAUGCAUUUCUCAUGGUGCAGAAACUGAGCAAAAUUCUGUGUCGGCUAAGCUUAUCUUGCAAUACUUGUAUAUGUAUAUUAGGAAUGUGUGUAUAUAUAUUAGGGUCCUGUGAAGCACAUAUUUAUAUAAUUUGGUUAAUUAAAAUGAAAUAUUGCUCCAGAAUCACUGGCAGAUUUUAUAAAUUCUUAUGGUUCUACUUGCUCUAUAUUGCUUUUAGCAUCAUAAUAACCAGCAUUCUGCAUUCUUGCGGUAUAGUUAUCCUUGAGUUGCUUUAAUCCAGUGCUUUUUCUGGGGGUACUCAAGGGUAUGCACUACCCGCACCUUUUUUUUCUGGAAGAAAAGCACUGCUUCAACCCUUUUGCAACACACCACCUCUUGUUGAACCCCCAUCUUUAAUAUUUUGUUUUUAAUCCCCUGUUUUUACAGCAGCAUUACAUGACUAACUUGUUAAAAGUGUGAUCUUAGCUCCCAUCUCCACCAAUUUAAACGUGUUGUCGUCAACUGGCACCUGCUGACUUGACAGAUUUCUCUGUUUUAAAAGUUGCAGUCCUAAUUUUGUGCAUGUGUUGUUGUUGUUUUAAAAAGUGGCAUUUAUUGCUGUUUGUGUGGGAUGCAGGUGGUGCUGUGGUCUAAACCACAGAGCCUAGGGCUUGCCGAUCAGAAGGUCAGCGGUUCGAAUCCUCGUGACAGGGUGAGCUCCCGUUGCUCGGUCCCUGCUCCUGCCAACCUAGCAGUUUGAAAGCACGUCAAAGUGCAAGUAGAUAAAUAGGUACCGCUCUGGCGGGAAGGUAAAUGGCGUUUCCGUGCGUUGCUCUAGUUCACCAAAAGCGGCUUAGUCAUGCUGGCCACAUGACCCAGAAGCUGUAUGCCAGCUCACUUGGCCAGUAAAGAGAUGAGUGCCACAAUGGUCAGGGGUCCCUUUACCUUUUAUUGCUGUUUGUACAUCAGUUCACAUGCAGGGAAAUUUGAGGCAAGAAUUUGACUGUGUGGCUUUAACCCUUAUAGUCAGCACUGCAUAACUCUGGGCAUGACCCAUUCUCCUCUACGUGUAGAAGAGGGGAUCUCCCCUAACUUCAGUCUUUCCUCUUCCUUUUUCUCAUAGCCCUCAUGCAGCUACAUUCACACUGCAGUGCUUGGCUGCUAUGGCCUUAAAAAUAUACUGUAGAUCCAUGUAGCCUGCUUUUUCCCAUAGAGGUACAAGAAGGCUACUCUUCAGUGGAGCAUGACUAGUCCUUGCACAUGUCCUUAGUCAUAGAGGAAUCUGCUUAUGUGAAGCAUUGGAAACUGCCAAAUAUAGAGUGACAGUGACUGACAAUGGCUUUCCAGUUACUAACCCACAAGGUCUACCAGAGAUUAUUCAUUCAUUGAUUUUAUGUGUCUGCAGCUUUUCCGCCCCCACCCCCCAAAAUAAAUCAUGCUCACAGCAGCUUACAGCAAAGCAAAGAGGGAAAUAGUUCAAGCAAGCACUACAAAUCAAUUUCAUAAUAAUAUAUGAAAUACAAUGCAAUACAUUGGUACCUCGGGUUAAGUACUUAAUUCGUUCCGGAAGUCCGUUCUUAACCUGCAACUGUUCUUAACCUGAAGCACCACUUUAGCUAAUGGGGUCUCCUGCUGCCGCUGCACCGCCGGAGCACGGAGUUCUCAUCCUGAAGCAAAGUUCUUAACCUGAGGUACUAUUUCUGGGUUAGCGGAGUCUGUAACCUGAAGCAUAUGUAACCUGAAGCGUAUGUAACCCGAGGUACCACUGUAUACUGUAAUAUACUGCAAAACAACACAGUAACAAUUUCAUAAUUAUGUAGCAAAACAAUUGUUUUGUUGUUGGCAUCCAUCUGUCUCAAGAGAGAAUGGAGUAUGUCUCUGGGGGUGAAGUCAAACUGCUGUGAUAGUAGCAUCAAAGUGAUGUCCCCGGGGUACAAGGCUAGGCAGUGCGCAUGGAGGUCCUGGGCUGCCCAGAUGACAAGACUCCUAUCUCGGCCUUGCUGAUGUGGUUCAAAGGAAAGCGAAGCAAUACGUUCAGCACCAGCUUGGCUGCAGGAGCUGCCCGAAGGAGCCAUACAGGGCACCAUCCAACCAGGGCAGAUGGGGCUCUUCAGCCUAGGAAGGUAGUCCAUCUAGGACAAGGAAAACUCUGACCCUAAACCUCGGCUGCCUUGCGGGAGAUCUUCAGGAGAAGAGAGCCCUACACAAAUCUGGAGUGGAAUCCCUAUAGCAAUCAUAACACACAAACCCCCACAUUUCAAUGCUAUAAAUGUAACAAGAUUACAACAUUCAGCAUCCAAUAGCAAAAAUAACAGGAGCUUCAGUUUCAACUGGGGACCUUUUACAUGCAAGGCAUGUGCUCUGUCACUGAAUCAAGGCCCUUUUCCUGCAUAGGCCUCCCAUUGUAGGUAUUGACUGGCAUAUUGUGAUACGUGUUUGACCCCCCCCAAAAAUUAAAAAUCAACAAAGAUUAAGAGAGAAUAGCAUGCCAUAUAGACAGGGUUCAAAAUUAGCAGGGUGCCAGGCGCAUUUUGUGCCUAAAGAGUCUUCAUUUGCAAGAACCUCAAAAAGUCUUGGUGCCCUUUUUUGCACCUGGCCGAUACUCAAAUAUUACCGAAAUAUAUGUGCUUUGAAGCCUCGAAGUGUAUGUUAAGGAUAAACAAUACGUUAAGGAGUUUAACAAUAAAGAGUAGAAUGAUUUGAAAACUAAAGUACGGUACCAAUAUUUUUAUUGUAAACACCAAAUUCAACAUGUAUUAACAAUUUCUGCUAAAAUGUGAUAUUAACAAUGUGUCACUUAUGUGAAUUGGGUAUUAAUUCAUGCUUAUCAAAAUAAUAAAUAAAAAGUGUUGCAGACACACACACACCAGUGGUGACUAGACAUUAUGCUUUGGCACCCACAACUCAGGUCCCAGAAGCCAUUUGGCCCCUAGCUUUUCUGUCCCAGUUUCUAACACAACAUAUAGACAUUUCUAGUGUUGCUUACUGUACAGCUGCCUCCUGGCCUGCUUGUUCCAAAAGCAAAACAUUAUUGAGCUUUUUGGAUUUCCUUUCCAUGCAAUGCCAUCUUUGAAAAAGCACUGGAUUGCACAUCAAAAGGUUGGGGUGGGAGAUUCUAACGGAGGAUGUUCGUGCCAUUAAAAAAAAUGGUUUGCUUUAGUUUUUACAGCUCUGACUUCACCCUUCCUAUGGAAGUGCUUGCGUUUCUACAGUAUGUACAGUAUGAACAUGUUGCUAUUAAUAUCUCUUGUGGCAAGGGGUGGCCUGGGCAGAACAGCAUGUGUGAAAAGAGAUCUUGUGCUAGGAGAUGACAUGAAUUUUGGAUUGAGUCAUUCUUCCCCAUCUGUCGGGGCUCCCUGUGCAGACGCUCCCCGCGGGUUGAGGUAAGCCAACAUGGGUUACAACUUGGCUCUCUAAUGGUGCUCUUGUGUUUAUAUUAAGCGCCAGCACGACUUCCCACCUUCUGGUCUCAUCCCACUUUAGUUCUGUAAAUAUUUUUGCUGCUCAUAUCUAUUGUUGGCACAGAGACACCAGCUGAAAGUUCUCUUAAGCCUUUCAUUGCAUAUAUGGCUCUGUGCCAGUGAAAGCUAGACCUAAGCAUCUUGGCCUCUUUCACUGCCUGGGGCAGAUUCUCCCCUACCCUGUCCCCAGUAAUAACUGAUGUUUUUCUUUAAGCUAGGCAGGAAUUUCCACAAGACAGGCUUUUGCCACUGCUGUAAACCAGAGGGUACUUUGUUUUCUGCCAUUUUAGCACACGCCAUCCUGUCUUGCUUGUCAGAGUCCCCCCGCCCUGCUCCAGCAUGCCUCUUCAGCUAAUCCAUACAGGAUGCACAUUUCUGUCGUGGUGCUGUUGAUUGUCUUCAACAGCCAUGCCAAGUUUCCCAGCAUGAAGUGGCUGCUGUUAAAAUAUUUAUCUGCCAUUUAGUUGGCAGGUGGCAUUUCAGAGUUCUGUGGUUACACCUCCCCCCCCCUUCCGAAUCAAGCAAAGCUUGAAAUGAUGAUUUGCACAUGAGCUGAAAUUGUGUAUAAUUUAGACGCACCAGGAAGGGUGGCAGCUGCGAUAGAGAUUGCUAAUUGAGAAUUAUAAGAGUAGCUUUGAUCCAUAGAUUUAACAUCUUCAUGUCAAGUCUAGAGUAUUUUUGUGAAUGAGACAAAUGCAACACAACACCUUCUGCUUGUGAAUUUCUGGAUUGAAUGUCACCCCCACAUGUGAGUCAGUUAUUAUAAGAAAAUUAGUAUUUCACUACCCACAGUGUGUACUGUUGUUGUCUUCUCCCAUAAAUGUGUAUGCAGCCAUUUUGGGAAACCUAGUCAUUUGAAAAUGUCUUUGUAUUCCUGUUGUCUUCGGGAAGCUGCCAGUCUUCUAAUGUAGCAUUUGUGUUAUUAUGAAGUAGAAGUUGUAUUGGUGAUCUACCAGAUGAUGACAUUCAAGCAGCCUCUGAAUAGACUCGCCCAGUAAGGGCCAGUAUUGACCCAUGACCGCCUAACAGUAAUCCUAUGGUUCAUUCCUUCUCUUAACCAGGCCAGCAGCAUAACCCGAAGAUAUUUUACUGAAGCUAAGCAGGUUUGGGUCUGUUCAGUGCCUGGAUGAAAUUGCCCAGUCAACCUUUGAGUGACACCUUUAGCUCCCCAUUCAAACCAUUGCAGGCAGUAUUCCCUAUUAGCAAGCCCAAAAGACAAUGGUAACUCCUUACACAAAAACCCUUGUCUCAUUCUUUGGUAAACCGUUGUCUGUGAGAAGGAUGCAGUUCACAGUGUUGAGAGAUCCAGUCACAGAUCUCCCACACAACAUGCUUUUUUCUUCCUGUGUGAAUUGAAUCAAAGCAAUUGUUUCAUUAACAAAUCAGGGGGGUUAUUUUCUUUCCCAAUUCUUGCUUGUGAAAGGAUAGCUCUGGAAAUGGCUAUAUAUCUUUGGGUAACUUUACUACUUCACAAGUUUGUAUGGAGGUCUGAUCUUCCUUGGGGUGAGAAGUAAGAUACAAAAGUGAUAGUUUGGCUCCCCUUUGCCUCCCUCCUGUCUUCCUAAUAUCUCUGGCUGAGAUACAUUCCAGCAAUUCUGGUUAUGUAGUCUGCCUUGCCCUUUCCUUCAUUUUUCAGGUGGGCUGUUGUCCUCUUUUUUGUUAUUAUUAAAAUGACACACCUGUUCAUCUUAAGCAACAACAAAAAUCAUUUGUCAUCUUAUUUGUAAAAAGAAAGUAAGAAAAUAAUGAAAGCACAUUUUUAAAUGCUACAAAAUUGCUCUGGUGAAAGGGCCAUCUAGAGUAGCAGAAGCUGUUUCCCAAAGUUCAUCCCUGGAGAGGAUUAUGUCUGUCUGUCAAGGACAUAAAAAAAUCCUUCCAAAAUACAAACUCUCCUCUUUUUACUUCCCUUUUAGGCAUACUCACCCCCUCCCCUUGUGAGCUUGCUAACCUCAGGAUAGCAUGCUUGCCUCUGUUAUCUUGCCAAAUAGUUAGGGGGAUUGGAAGCCCUCAUCAGGUGCAUGCGUAUGUGUGGUGAAAUUGCUAUAUACCCACCCAGAGAUUGCAUUAAAGCUGGGAAACAAUAGACCACCUAGGACUCUGAUAUGCGGCUUUGACUGACAUUAUUAUCUAGAGAAAUGGAAAAGACUGAACUUUCUAAUUUUGGCAGGUUCAAAUAAAAGUGUAGCUCCUUCUUUGCAUAUUUGCAAAACAUGGUCUAUAACAUCAUGUUUUCUGGCAGUGCAGAUUAGGAUUUCCUGAAACCCUAAAGUGUGUGUCUUGCAUGGCUUUGUAACUGUCUCCUACACGGUUAGGAAUCCAUUAGGCUAAUAAAUAAAUAACCGAGCAGCAGCUGCUCAUAACCACAAAAAUGAAAAUACAGAUUGCAGCAAGACAAAAUGUCGCAAGGGUUAAAUCACAUUUCUGAAUCAUGCCACAAGCAGUAUUCAGUAACAAUAACUCAUACCUCACAUUAAUAUAGUCCUGAGUUUUCAAAACAUUCUCCAUACAUUAUCUCAUUAUUUCUCACAACAACAUUUUCAGGUAGAAACAUAUUAUCCCCUUCUUGCAGAAGACAGUAGGGGCCAUGGCUUAGAUAUCAUGGUUUACCUGAGACCCCCGGAUGAGUUGAUUGUGACUAAACUCUUUCCCAGAUUGUGCUUUUUAGGCAGUUACGUUGCAUCAGUGCUCAAGGUGGAAUAACCUCAUAAUUUGCUUAACCACCGAACUACCACUCUGUGCUCACACUGCAAUAGAAGGUGUCGUCCAUUUAACUGGUCUCAUCAGCUGUGCAUACCACAUAUGCAUUUUAAAGUGCCCAGUUGCUUGUUCGCUGUGUACAACAAAUCAAGACUGUCAGUCAACAACUUUUGUUGAUACGUUAAAUAGAUAUCAGACUAGAGGACUAUCAGUCCAGCUGGUUAUUGGUAUUGUUUACUGCAUGUGGUCUAGAGAGAACUGGAGACUGUCAUAGUCUGGGAGGAUCAAUAAAAUACUGUUACUAUUAUUGUGGGUUUGAUUGCAAACAUGGUAUUCAGGCCUGAUUUGCCCAGACAAACCUGCUGUAAAAGAGCAUCUCAGCUCUGUUGAUCAGACUGUAGGCAUUAUCAGUGCCAAGAGAAAAGAUGGCAGCUCCCUCUAUUGUCACCAUACUCACAUCCUCUUCCCUGCCCCAACCCAAUGGCCUCACAGAUGAGUGAGCAAAGGGCAAGUUGGCAGGUGAAAUAACAAAUACUUUCCCUUUAAAAUCUGGUAUUGCCAGUUUUCGGCUCAUUGCUAUGUGGCUUAUUCAUGGUGCUUGAUUCAAUACAGUGGUCAAAGGAACUUUACUUCUCUGCCACAACUUGUCAUUUCAUGGCAGCUAUGCAUGAACAAAGCAGUGCUACAUAUAGUUAAAUAGACCUGUCCCUGAUUCGGUAGUGGGAGGGGAGUGUGACUGAGUUAAACUCCCCCUGCCCUAACAAAGGAUCAGCACCAUCACUAAAAUUUAAAUGGCAGCCGUGUGCAGGGUGGGUAGGACUUCUUAGUCCUUGCACGAUCAGUUCUGGCCAGGGAUAUGGAGGUGUCAACACGACCAUCUUUAUAUAGCAGGCAGAAGUUCUGAUGCACCCAUUCACAUUUUAAAAGCACAUGAGAAAGAAGGGCUCUGGAGCUGUGUGUUAACUUUGCCCAUUGUUGAUGCGUUCUCUGGCCGUGUUCCCCACUAGGCAUUCAGCCAACAUGAGAAGAGACCCAAAGUAAGCAGCUACCACUGUGUGUGCAAUGUGUUCUCUUCCAUGUGAGAGAACCCAGAAUUCCCUUACCUUGAGAACUCCAUGCAUAAAUGUAGGCCUGUCUAUAGGGCUCCUCUGCAGCCUAGCUGAAUGCAAAUGGAGCAGAAUAGGCAGUGAGGGGCAUGAUUCUGCAGACUUCUCACAUGUGUUGUUGACAUGCUAGGGGUUUCUUUGAACUCCUCCUUCUCUAUAUGAUCAGUUUCUGGUUUUACUUGUCUCCUGAUUUUUCAUAAUCCAGCUUGAUCUCCCCCCCCCUCAAAAUGGGGGAAAAUAAUGUAUAAAAACAAUUUAAGUCAAGGUUUAUGUGAUCUGUCAAAUGUGUCCUGUCUUGGGCUAAAUGCAAGAAUAUUUCAAAGAAAGCAUACCUGAGUCUUCCUGGGAUGCUUGGCAACAUGUUGUCAUCUGAAUGAGACCUGCAACCUCUCUCUUAUUUCUUCUCCCCCUGCCUCACUUAUUUUCUUGGGGUAGUGGGAUGUCCACAGUUUACAUUUACAUUUACUGCUUAUAUUAAAUCUUCUUACCAACGAUACUAGCACACAAUAAUCCAUUCUAAGUAUGACUGUGAAUGUGUGACAAUGCACACACAUAUCCUUCUCUUUUGCUAUGUUGUUAAUUUCUAAUAUUCUUAUAUUGACCGGCAAAUUGCAAUUUAUAAUCAUAUUUAUAAUCAUACGAGCCAUCUUAAGAACAGCUUCUUCUCCAGAGCGAUCUCGGCCCUGAAUGGGAAGCCCGGACUUUGAAAGUCAUCUAAUCUCCCUUGCUGUAUUAUACUGUAUUGUUUAAUUAGUGUUUUUAUGGAGCAGUCAAGUAAUUUCGUUGUCCCGAAGGGGGCAAUGACAAUAAAGAUAUUAUUAUUAUUAUUAUUAUUAUUAUUAUUAUUAUUUUUGUUUGACUGUAACUUAGUGGCUGAUAAGUGAUCAUUAUAAAGAUUGGGUUGGAUUGUUUAUGCGUAUAUGAACACAAUAUAAUCAACUGAGGAGAGUAAAAUCUUUUUUUCAGCAAAUAAAGGGCAGGUGAUAUCAAAUGGACUGGAAACGCAGCAAUGUUAAGCAUAUUUUGACCAUCCUGGUGAAUUAUUUGAAACCCUGUUCUGUAAAGCGAGCUCUGCUGCCACCCAAUUUCAUCAUUUUCCCUUUUCAGCGCCUAAAUGUCCCAAGGCCUCUCAUAAUGUUAAUUACAGACACAUUAUCCAGUGCUGCAGGAUUGCUGGUUGAUGUCUCUGAAGCAAAGUUGUCAAAGCAGCCAAAGGCACAGGCUCGAUGUAAAGUCCCUACGUGCUGCAUGGAUCAAAAGAGGACAUGAGCAGGAGCAUUUAACUUGCAAGCCUUGCAAAAACUUGCACUCGGUGACUGUCUGUGCUGGAGAUGACAAGCAACUCAGAAGCCGAAGCCAUAUUGGGUUGUUAAAAUGCUGAUUGGCUCUCAGCAAGGACUAUUAAUAGCAAGUGGCAGAAUAGUCAUUCCCAAAAUCACAACCGACAAUGUAUUCUUAUUGCAAUUGAGAUUUGCAAAAAUGAGAAUCUUACCUGGAAACAGCAUGAGUGAAUAACUUCCCCUGACCAGGUAAAGCACGUACUCACGGUAUUCAGAAUAGAAGCAAAAAGGUCUGUGUUCCUACAUUCCUUUAGACUGUGGUUCAAAACAGCUGCAGCUAUAUUUGGAUUUUUGGCAGAUGUUCAUACUGUCUCUUUGCAGAUAAAUUUUUUUCAAGUAUCCUUGAGUUUCUGGGAUGAGUCAGCAUGUCACCAGUGCAGCUGUAUCUGGUACAGUUAAGCAUCUCAGCCUUAAUUGAGGUGUGACUGCCCUUCAGCCAUAUUAUCAGAAGACAGUAUUAGCUAAGGAAUUAGUCAUAUGCUGAGCAAGAUGUGAUGGGGGGGGGGGCGCUGCUGUGUUUGAUAUUAAGCAUGCUCCAUUCACUUACAAGGAAGGGAUGUGUGGAUGAGUGGAGUGGAAAUUUUCCUGCCUUACUACAUCACAUUCUGUCACCCCAGAUGCUUUUUCCCAAGGCCAGCUCAAGUCUAGCACUGGAACCAUGUUUGAGAAAUUUUUUAUUGAAUGACAUUAGCCAGGAAGGUAAGAUGAGGGAGUGUGUGUUUGGCUCCCUCGGCCAUAGAUAUCUUUCAGAGUAGAAUGGACCAGUGAGGUGUCACGAUUAAAGUGUUGGACUAGGGCCUGGGAGACCAGGAUUCAAAUUCCUGCUAGGCCAUAAAGCUCACUGGGUGACGCAGUUGGUAGUCUGGUAAUCACAGUCUCUCCCUAAACUAACUCUCAGUGUAGUUCUGAGGCUAAAAUGGGGAGAAGGAGAACUAUGUAUGCCCUUUGAGCUCCUUGGUGGAAAGGUGGGCUAUGAAUGAACUGAGAGGCAUUACCCCUCUUUUUAGGCACCAGUGGGGCUACCAUGUCACAUCUAUUGGUGAGGUGUAUUUACCUAUGCUUCUUCUAGUCUCUUGCUUCUUCUAGUCUCUUGCCAUGACAUUUGUUUGAAGGGAGGCGGAAAGGGCGGGGAAUAGGCUCCAGCAGAGCCUCUGGGCUUCUACUUCAUUCAGACAAUUCCAAGUAUGCAUCUCAAAUGUCCAAAUGUUUGUUCUGUUUAUGCCACCUGCUAAGGAUAGCUUUUUCAGGUGGGAGAGGUCAGAGAACAUUAGGUUGCCCCUUCGUUAAGGCCCACAGCAUUGGAAUAUAAUUGAGUAAAGUAUGAGCAGCUGAGAAAUUUAAGGAUUUCCCCAGGACCCAUCCAGAACAGGGCCGCUAUAGGGCAUCACCCGAUAUCUCCCACAGCAAAGUUUUCCACUAUGCAGCUGGGGAAACCUCUAUUUCCAUGCUUUUAUGUUGGGCAUGGGGAACCUGGAAUCUGAACGUGGCCCUUCAGGCCUCUCUGCCUGGCCCUCAGGACUCCCCUUAGGCCACACAAUUACCCUUGCUCUGAUCAUGCCUCUUGCUUUCCUGGAUGGAGGAUAGAAUAUGUGUAGAAACUACCCUAAUAUAGAAAGGUAAAGUUUACAUUCAUUGCUCAACCCAAUUUUGCCUCUGGCCCCACCCACCACUGAUUUGUGGCCCCUAGAAAGUUGCCCACAAGGGAAUGCGGCCCCUUUGGACUGAACAUGCUUCCCCACUUAAAUGAUGAUCUCUCUUAAGUGAUGGCAGAUUAUCUUGGAUUAGGUAUGAUUCAUUUUAUGCUUAGAUACAAAGACUUCUAUUGGCUCCACCAGGCACAGAGGCUCACCUGGCACUCAUUUUGGCUGGCAGGAACACCCCAUAUAUUUUGGGAAUGCUAAUGAAAGCCUUAAUCCUUUUCCUAUUUUUUUCUGUCAUUAUAUUUUGUGUGUGUUUGUUAUGCUGUGUAUAUAUGUGUGUGCCAUUUUAACUAACGUUUUAUCGUGUUUCCACUGGUUUGUCUUGCACAUUUCUUUUGUUUCUAGUGAUGCUGAGUGUGGUCGCAUUGGCCUUUAGUAGAAAAAGUUUAUACAUUACGCAGCUGUCCACUGAAGUUUCUAGGCUUUGUUUCAACCUGCACAAUGCAAGGUCAGACUUUACAGAGUGUAUUCUGGCUUGCCAAUUUCUAUUUGUUCUUGAUUUCAGGAACAUGCGCUAUUUGAAAGGGAAACAUGCCGGUAUUGCUAUGUAAUCAAUUUGAUUAAAAUGUACGCACACGUUAGUUUAGAACAAAGGCAAGCAAGGGAAGGACAUGACAGCAGUCUAUAAAAUUAUUAUUUAUCAUUGUUUUCUCUCUUGGCUGACGCCUAGAAUUUUAACUCUUUUCACAUUAGAAAGUCCAUCAUGGCUCCCAAGCGUUUUGGCAUAAAUAUACAAAAUUCAUAUUCCAGUGUUUUAAAAAAUUAAAAGCCUCUGUUGUUUUAUUGGUUGUAGUAAUAUUGAGAACUUUUGUUUUUUGUUUACUUAUUUGCUUGUGUCAUCUUUUCUCUUGAAUAUAUAAAGCGCAGCUUGUUUGUCUGUAACCGGAUAGUCUUGUGUUGGCUGCCCUAGUUGCCAAUUUGUCUGGAUGACUCUGGGGGGUCUUUGCAGGCAACAGCAUUGCUGGGAGGGUUACGCAAUUGUAAGAAAUUGGUCACUCAUUCAUAGUCUGGAAUUUGAAGGAUAAAUGCAGUCCUGUUAUAGUGCAGCUGGAAGUGUCUUGCAACAGACCAGCACCAAGGGAGCAAAAUAUUGCUUUUUAGUGUCCAGCGUUAGGUGACCCAAGCCUUGGUAGUGACCUCUAGGCCUGAAUUACCACCACACAGAUAACUACAGUAACAAACCACUGUCAUGGGGAUAUUGCAGAUAAUUCUUAGAGGCCUCCGUAUGUGGGUUUCCGAGCCUAGCCUUUAAAGACCAGCAGAGCAUACCUGUUUUGUUCAGACUUCGGCAGCCAUUUUUCAAAUGUGCCACCAUCUCAGAAACUCAGCAGGCUUGACUGGAACAGGAGCUGUUUUUGUGUUCUGGCAGGAAUGCUACAGAACGGAAAGAAGUUUGAUUCCUCCCGAGAUCGAAACAAGCCUUUCAGGUUCAAGAUCGGCAGGCAAGAGGUCAUUAAAGGAUUUGAGGAAGGUACUGCACAGGUAUGCAGGAUUAUGCUGAUGCUCUUUUCAGAACCGAUAGAACAAGUACAAUAAUGAGGGGUUAACAUCAUAGGGAGGGUGGGAAGAGUGUCAUAUUUAUAGUCUCAGAGCGGAGCGUAAUGUGCAUGGACUUGUAUGCUGCUUUGAAUAUAAACAGCAUUCAGCAGGAUAUGGCUGCAAUCCUAUGUACACACUUACCUGAUAGGAAGUCCAGUUUAACUCAGUGGGAUUUGAUUCUGAGUAGACAUACCUAGGAUUGCCCUCUAAAGUUUUGGAACCCAGGGGCAUUACUCCAGCACUUCCUGCUUCAGCCUGUCGGAGCAUCAGUUGGCUAUGUUCCCGCUAUCACCAUAAAUUCAGCAGAGAUAAACUUUUGCUGCACAUCUGAAAAUGCUCCAGGACCUACAUUUGCAGUAAUUUAAGGAAUGAAUCAAAUAGCACCUUUUAAAAUUAAUCAACUAGUGAUUUAGGUUUGCAGUGGUGCAUCGUAAAUUCAGUCUAAGCAACAUGCUUGGCAACUGCCUACUUGCAGGCUCAGUCAGCUGGGAGUCCAUACAGCCAAUGUGAAUAGGCCUUAAACAUCCUGGGCAAAGUCUGAAUUUAGUGCAGUGAAUUUGUUCAUGAUUGUAUCUUCCUCAGGUGUAUGAUCAACUGAGUGCCUCUGCAGCUGCUUCUGCUCUUCCUGGAGCAGAGCUUUACUUUUUAGAUUCCUGAAGCUGCUAUAUUACCAAAUAUACAACCUCCAGGUGGAGUGUGGCAGAGAAAAUUAUUCAGUGUUUGUGAGGAAUACCUUACUUUUAAGACGGCACUUUUCCCACCCUCAUGUGUGUUUUACUCAGAGGUUCAUUCCAUUAUGUUCAGUCAUACUUACGCUUGAAAUUGUUUCUAGGAGUGCAGUUUCUGCCAUCCUAAGACAUCCAACCUCUCAUUGAUAUCCUUCAAUUAAUUGCUUGCCUUGGUCAAGUGUCUGUUGGCUCCACCUAGUGGAUUGUUGCAUUGGGAAUUACUGUGAUGCCAUUAAUAUAUUAUUUCCACCUGUUGGCAGAUUGGCCAAAGUACCAUUCUGCAUAGCACUACUGCAAAUUCCUGUGUUCUUCUGGUGGUGUUUGGUUGCUAGAUGGCAAGCAUGGGGAACCUUUGGCUCUCCAGAGUUUGUUGGACUCCAUUUCCUAGCAGCCCAGUAGUCAGGGAUGAUGGGACUUGUAGUCCAACAGCACCUAGAGAGCCACAGGUUAGUCGCCCCUCCUGCAUGGUAUCUUGGCCCCUAUUACUUAAAAGAUGGCGAUUAUGACCUGUGACUUCCUCACUGGAACCACUCUUUUUUAACAUACAGCACGUCUUGAAAUGCUUGCGUUGCUGACAUGUUCUGAUCUUUUCUUUUGCUUCUCGUUUUCUCUCUCCCAUUUGCUAUCGUUUAAAAAAAAAUGCCAGAUGAGCCUAGGACAAAGAGCAAAGUUGACCUGUACACCUGACAUGGCAUAUGGACCCAUGGGGCAUCCCGGAGUCAUCCCUCCCAACGCUACUCUGAUUUUUGACGUGGAGCUACUUAGGAUAGAGUAAAGAGGGGCAACUGACUGAAAGCACCUGUUGAUAACCACCCUUCUUUCCCCUUCCUCUAAAUGGGAGGCAUCUUCACUAGAAUUUCCAUCGUUUUCACUCAAGCUCUCAUGCCUACCAUGCCUCGUCUGAGGGUUGUUUUCCCCACUUCUUCCUCCCUUUUUUACUGUUAUUAGUGUUGGAAUUUGUCCCCGAUUAGAUGCUUCUUUGCUGUAGAGACAGGAAAAAAAGAUGGCUGUUACAUCUGAGUUGUACAUUUUAUUUUAAUUUGCAUGUGAAGCUCCAAAAUUGUGAUUGAAACUAUAUAUAAUAUAUAAAAAUAUAUAUAUAAACUUAUAAAUAUAUAAAGUUUACUUACUGAAAAACCACUGCCUUAUACACUUAAAGAAAAACACACACAAGGGUGCUCAGAAAUCCAGUGUACAUUUUGUACACGAGUGGGCAUUAGCCAAACCAAGUUACCUGCGCUGCCACUUUUCCCUCAGUUUGUAUGUUCUGCUUGCUGCUGUUUUAAAGAAACAUCUCACGUGAUAACUUUCCAAGAAGAAAAAUAAAAUCUUGAUACUUUAUGGAUUUCUAUGCUUUCUCGUUUUUUAAAGCAGUUAAAAAAACUUAAGCGCAAGAAUUCUUUCUCACUCCACUGGUAAUAUUGCUCCAGUUUUUGAAUAAUCGGAUCUAAUAACCAAAAUUUUACUAUAGGCACAUAGACAGCUUCCUUCUACUGAUUCAGACCAUUGGUCUAUCUGAAUAUUGUCUACACUGACUGGCAGUGCCUUGCCAGGUUCUCAGGCAGGACUCUUUCCUAGCCCUACCUGGAGAUGCCAGGGAUUGAGUCUGUGACCUUCUGCAUGCAAGGCAGGUGUCCUGCCACUGAGCUUCGGUGCUGUAGUUGAAGUCCAGAUACAAGUGCUCUUCAUGUAUUACAGGCAACGACCGACUGAUGUUCGUCCAACUGCGCAUGUGCACCCAGUGCCAAACCUGGAAGUGACACAAAAACGUCACUAAAAGGGCAAAACCCUUUAUGGGGGCCCUGCCAAUCCGAGCAAAACAAGGAUUGCCUGUAUUUGAAUAAUUAAAACUGUACAAAAUGUAUUUAAGAAAGGAUACCGUGUUCUACACUCAAAAUAUACUCUGUAAAUAAUGGGCGGUGUCCAGUGUCAAGUUGUCAGAUUUCUUCUUGCACAGCGAGACUUUAUUUUCUCCAAGCUGUGGCCCCUUGUACGUCCCCAGAAAAUUUGGGGGAGGUGUGCAUGUAGUGGGUACUGAAAGGGAAAGGACAGGAUAGCUCAACUUGCCUAGCGUAUCAUCUGUUCUGACAAGCUGUUUUUUUUUGAGGUUUCAGCCAGAGUCCUUUCCCAUUACUUGCUAUCUGGUCCUUUUGAUUGAUGAUGUGCCUGAUUGUAACCUGGGCCUUCUUAUACUGUUGAGCUACAAUUCCUCCCAUAUGAAUUUAUAUCUCUGCUCUUUUUUUUGGAACUCAUAUGCCAUACAAGCCCAGCUAGGCAAUCUGUAAGUGAUGGAACCCAUUCAGGCUGACCAAAAUGAUACCCGCUUAGCUUUCACACUUGAGGUUAGUAGAAACACAGAAGCUAGAGUGGAAUCAAUGUGCAGGAUCUGGGGCGGGUUUUUUCUCUUGGAAAAUUAAAUUACAAGCACCUUAACAACAUGGGGGCGGGAUAUAUUAAAAACCACCUGAUCGUUUAUAUCCUGGCCUGAUCACAAAGAUCUUGUGUGUGGGGGGGGGGAGUCUUUGUUGUUGAUCCCCCCUGGCUCAGAUGAACAGCCCAUAACUGUUACCUAUGCAAUCAGCAUAGUGGGGUCAAGGCUGUGAAAUGAUCACCUGAGACGAGAAAGUACCCACCUUGCUAAACUUAAGGUUUUAGCAGCAUUUUAAUGUAUUGUGUGAUCAUUUUUGUAUUUGUCCCAUUUUCUGUGGAUUGCUUUGAUGCACACCACUUAGAAAUGUGAAUAAUUAAGAAGUAUAUAGAUGCCUCAAAUAAGCAGGAGGCAAUAAAAUUACAGGAGGAGCCAGGCAUGGAAGAAGAAGGCUUAAGACUAUCAUGCAAGCUUUGGCUUGCUUUCUCAAUAAAAAUUAGCUUUGUUCAGGACCUUUCUGGUUUGAGCAUUUUGCCCCUGCAAUCAUGAGGGUCAGGAGCUAAUCUUUAAGUUCUUGAUCUGAGACUUACCUAAAUGCUAAGCUUAGGCAACUAGAUUAGUUAUAUCAGUGCACCCCAUUCCACG